AUGGCUUAUACGGCUGCACCACUUCAUGUGCUAUCGCAAAACUGCAGAGGCCUUAACACACCUGAGAAGCGCUCACAUCUGCUGAGAGAACUACACUGCAAACGGGUCUCGGUAGCGAUGUUACAGGAAACGCACCUCAAAACAGUAGAUAUCCACAGAUUGAAGGACAGACGAUACCCCACCAACUACCACAGCACCCACCCUACCGACCGAUGUGCAGGAGUAGCAAUCCUAGUAGCAGCCAAUACCCAAUUCACUCUGAUGGAUCAACUCGCAGAUCCUAACGGUAGAUUCCUUUUCAUCAAAGGCACAAUUUCGGGAAAACUUUACACCUUCGCCUCUAUCUAUGCACCAAAUGCAAAGCAGGCACCGUUUCUAAGCAAAACGAUACGCCAAUUGGCAACGUAUACUGAAGGUUCACUUGUCGUAGGGGGGGACUUCAACGCACCGCUUGACCCACUGGUUGACUCAUCGACUGGACACAGCAGUAUACCACAAACUGCGAUCAGAGCAAUAAGGAAGGCCCUGCGAGACCUGAGAUUGGUAGACACCUGGCGAACCCUACAUCCGACAGUUCGAGACUAUACGCACUACUCAGCCAUACAUAGGAGAUACUCGCGUAUUGACUAUGUUCUCAUACAACAAGAAGGACUACAACGCUUGCAGUCGGCUGACAUUGUUCCGACACCAUGGUCGGAUCACAGCGCAGUGUCCGCACAUCUGGAUUCUCCUCUAUUUAGGCCUACUAGGACAGCAUGGAGACUGAAUGAGUCGCUCUUAUUGGACCCGGAAGUGAAAUCCCUUCUGACAGAGCAUCUAACUAACUACUUUGCUGAGAACGAUACAGAGGACGUGUCGAAAGUGACGCUUUGGGAAGCACACAAGAGCGUGCUCCGGGGACAUCUCAUAAAGAUUGCAUCACGCAAAAAGAGAGAAGCACAGCGGCACAUGUUGGAACUCAUUGACCAGAUAUCGAAAUUGGAAACCCAACAUAAGCGGUCGCAACUUGAGGAGCACUAUCGCUCACUACUGGACGCUCGCCGACAGCUGGCGGAUCUAGUGGCCCGCAAACACCAUAGAGCGACACAGCGAUCCAAGGCCUUCUUUUACAUUCACGCUAAUAAAAGCGGGAGACUCCUAGCCCGCAUGAUCCGACCCCAACAGGCCAGAGCGCAAGUCCAUGCGCUACGAACAACCGAUGGCUCUCUCACACAAUUCCCGGAGGCAAUAGCCAAUGAAUUCCGUAAGUAUUACCUACAACUGUAUAAUAUUUCACCAACGACAUCCGAUGCUCAACGCGCCGAACUGCAGGAAGCAACAACGCGCUACCUACAAAGAUUUCAGCCGGACGCCCUAACACCGGAGGAAGCAGACCUACUGGAAGUCCCAAUAACCACAGAAGAGGUACAAGCGGCGAUUAAGGCAGCGAAGAAGGGGAAAGCACCGGGACCAGAUGGACUCUCAGUGGGGUACUACAAGUUGUUCAGGGACAUUCUGACUCCACACUUAACAACAGCCCUCAACCGACUCCAACAGGGCGAUAAAUUCCACCGAGAAACUCUAGCAGCCACAAUCACGGUGAUACCCAAACCAGGCAAGAACCCCGAAAACUGCAGUAGCUACGGACCGAUCUCUCUCCUUAACGCGGAUGUGAAACUCUUCACCAAGGUCAUCGCUACAAGGUUGCAGGCGUACGUGCCGCGCCUAAUACACCCUGAUCAAACAGGUUUUGUACCAGGCAGGGAAGCCAGAGACUGCACACUCAGAGCGUUCUCAAUACAGGCAUUGGCGCUUAAAGAGAAGACGGAACUACUAAUGCUCUCAACAGACGCCGAAAAGGCAUUUGACCGGGUGACCUGGAGCUUUAUGAUGGCAACACUGCAUAAAGUCGGCCUGGGGAGGGGAAUGAUAGCUUGGAUAGCUGCGCUUUACGCUGACCCUAGUGCCAGAGUGAGGGUGAAUGGUGCGCUCACAGACACCUUUCCCAUCCACAACGGAACCCGACAGGGCUGCCCAUUGUCGCCGCUUUUAUUUGCCCUCUCAUUGGAACCAUUUUUGGACAGGAUACGGCAAACCCCAGAGAUUCGAGGGUUUAAACACGGAGACCAGGAGCACAAGGUGGCCGCAUAUGCUGAUGAUAUGCUUUUCUUCGUGGACAACCCGGUCGACUCCAUGCCGAUCUUGAUGCAGGAAUUCGACAUAUAUGGCCAGGUAUCAGGUCUGAAGCUUAAUCAAACUAAAUGCGAACUGCUGAAUAUACAGACCCCAACGACAGUGCGAGAGCGGAUCGCACGCGAGUAUCCCUUUCACUGGUGCUCAGAACAGAUGCGAUACCUGGGAAUCUGGAUACCCAACAAUCCGAAAGAGCUAUAUACCAGGAACUACGUACCCCUCCUGCGAACAAUCCUGCUCGACCUAAAAAACUGGAAUUAUGACCAUAUAUCCUGGCAAGGACGCAUAGCGGUGAUUAAAAUGAAUAUCUUACCACGGCUGCUUUACUACUUUAACACCAUUCCCUGGCACAUACCAUCAGAAUUCUUCGCAACUCUUAAAUCGGCAGUAAUAAAAUAUGUCUGGAAAGGAGAGAGAGCAAGACUCAGCUACGACAAGCUAUGCCUACCAAAGAACUGGGGCGGACUAGCGUUACCCGAUAUACGCAAAUACUUCCAGGCCGCGGUAUUACAACGGAUUAGGGACUGGCACGUAGCGUCUGAAAACAAACUGUGGGCCGCAUUGGAUAGAGAAAGCACAAACAAAGCCCUUCACAUGUAUACAUGGCACAGCUCGGCAGAUGCAGCAACAAAACUAGGCAAUUCAUCACCCAUUGUACAAACGCUGAAGACAUGGUCAUCCUUGAGGCAGAACCAACAUCUCUCCCCACAACCAAGCCCAUUGAUUCCGAUAACACACAAUACUGCGAUAGGCGGGGGGCUACACCGAUCUGCUUGGCCGAUUGAGGGAGAAGGAGAGUAUAUCCCUAUGUCAGAGGUCCUGAGCAAUACCGGACUGCGAAACCUGCGAGAAUGGAACACGAUGACACAACAGACGCUGAUGCACAGAUUUCGGUACACACAAUUACGGCAUUUCUACUUCAACCUCCCCAACAGGGCAGCGAUUCACAGAGAACAGACUUGGUUCGAAAACAUCUGCGUGGCCAACACUGGAUGGUAGGGUAUCGCUCAUCUACCAACAAUUGAUAACAGGAGACCUCACACGGAAAAAUGCGUUUAAGAGGCAAUGGGAAGAGCUGACAGCUAGGGCGUACACUGAGGCACAAUGGGAACAGAUAUUAAUCCUGCAACACAAGAGCUCCAUAAGCACCAGAUAUCAAGAGGUUAACUUUAAACUAAUCUCUCACUGGUAUAGGACCCCAUCUUUAUUACACAGAAUUUUUAGAGGAACCUCAGAUACAUGUUGGAGGUGUGAGUCCCAAACAGGCUCUUUACGGCACAUCUGGUGGGAUUGCACGCUAAUCAAGCCAUAUUGGGAGGACAUAAAAAGGGAAAUGAGGAUAAUUCUAGGAGAUCUGCCGGACUUUAGCAUAGAAAUGGCCCUACUGCAUUACACAGAAGGCUCGAUAGCCCAAUACAAGAGAUCGAUAUUACGGCACCUGCUUAACGCAGCGAAAGCAGCUAUACCUGUCAAAUAGAAACAGACCCAACCACCGACCGUCACGGAGUGGCUACAGAGAGUUGAGGAAAUACACACUGCUGAGGCGCGGUACGCAGAACUAAUAGGAAGAAGCACCAAACACGUCGAUAUCUGGACCCCAUGGUAUCUAUACCUCUCACGUCCCGGAACUAGGGAGGCACAGCACGCACCAUAACACCGGGGGUCUGAGAGGACCCGGCGCACCCCGACACGUGCUAUCCAUCAUGUCUCCCCCACCCCUACUCCUGACCCCUCUCCCCCCCUCCUGCCCCUGCCCUCCUUUCCUUUUCCCCUCUGCAUCUAAUCAACUUCACGUAACUUCUUUUCCUUUUCUGAGGGCUUGGGUAGAUGCGGCUUGUCCUGCCCCCGAGGAGGCCAGAGUCGGGAAGGCCCCGAACGAGUCGCUAAACGAUAUAUAGCCACGACACGAAGCAGCUCCCAUAGAUAUGAGUCACCGACUUAUAUAACAGCUGACUGAGAGAGAUGGAACGGGACCAGACAAGCAGAGAACUAGUUCUCAAACAAGACACAAUUACCUGCUGGGAAGACACAAACUAACACCUGUCCCAGGACAGACUGGGGCGACUAGACGCAGGCAGAACGUACAACUGAUCAGGGAGAUACACGAACGCACAGAACCAGUCAAGCCAAAGUUUCUUACGCAAUACUCCCCCGAGGCAGCUUUCUCUAAGAGAUCCCUGGCUAACGUUAGGAUUAAGGGAAUCACUGUCGCAACAGCAACAUGUGAGGAUCUGGAACCCGAAUUACGGAUUCCAUUACAAUAGAAUUAAUAAAGCAAAUCAUUCACUAUACUAGGUUCCAUAACCUAUGUGCCAACUAUCAUUACUCAUUGACGCAAUUGCUCCCCUGCUACAAGUGUCAAAUAUUUUUAGUAAUACACCUAUUACCCCAUUUUUUCCGUCAGACCAGUAAGCUUAAAUCUACAGCAGAAUUUUAAAGUUUGGUAGAAUGUAGCUGCCCGUUUCUAACUAACUAGCUUGUCAUUAUUGCUAUGGCUUCAGCUUCAGAAAUGCACACUCACCUACAGCUGUUCAACCUACCUGCAUCUCAAUGAUUGCUGUUAUGACAUUUGCAAAUGUUACGUAACUGAAAGAUACCAAUGCUCAUUAUUUGUAUCGUUAUUCAAAUUGUUCAUCUUAUUUCUAUGCCCAUGUGCACUGUUUUGGUGUAUGUAUCUAUAUUGUACUCACAUGGACGACAAAUAAAGAAUUUACAAAAAAAAAGGAGUAGAGGAAUAACAAUGUUGUCUAAUGAUCUUUAGGUGUUUGGCCUGGGGCUUGUGCUGAUUGGGGAACAAAUUGGUGACAUUAGUAAUGUUAUAGAUGACUAAAACAAGGCUAUUCUUAGACAGCACAUGAACUCCUAGUCAUUGUCAUCAGACCAAUCCUGGGAAGUCGCAGAAUCUCCAAUAAUGUUGCGGUCUCGGACAUAAGGGGCAGGCCCAUCAUAACGAGUGCAUUCAGAGAUGGCUUUCUGUACAGCACCGGUAUAAGAACGGCUAUUCACAAACUGGUUACCUUUGUGUCCCUUGUCCUGUGACCUCACUUAUUAAUAGUUUGGAUUCAACGAGUUACCAGGAAUAGAAAAAUUCUCCUAUUCCCAGCAUGCUUACAGUGAGCUCAUUCAAUAGCUUUUUUCUUCUCUGUGUUAAUUACAUUAUAUAUAGAUAACGAUGCUAAUUUUGACACCAUUACAUACCUUGUGAUGCAGCGGCAUCCCCAUCCCCCACACUCUGUUCACAUUUUGAUUUCUAUAUGAUAACGACUUUUAUCUUUAUCUAGGAAUCAUUCUGUGAAACAUGGUCUACAAUUUAAACCAUUUUAAAAAUAAUUCUGUUAGAUGAAAGGAAAAUGUGUUUAGCGGUAAUUAAAAUCACUACUUUAUGAAUGUUAAAAAACUGACAGAGAUUUGCCUACAACUUUAUCUUUAAGUUACGCAACUGGGUGUCCUGGAGUUUCAGUGACCGUCCUUAUUUUAAUACCUCUCCAAUCAGUGUUUUAACAUCUUGUACUGUACGUGUUGCUAUUUAAAGCUGCAGUAUUGUGCAUUGUUCCCUUAAUGACUGAUAGUUACUGAAAGGUCUUGCCCCCCCCCCCACCCCUCUGUGAUGGCCAGCAGUAUCUGCAGAACCACCAGUCGCCCUGUCUCUUGUUAAAUUAUUUCAUUGUUGUGUGCUGGACACGAGAUCCCAGACUGGUAUUGGGACAGUGUCAGGACAAAUGCCAAAUGUCUGGAAGGAUCUGAUUGUAUCAAUAAAGUUUGAAUCAACUGUGAAUGAAUCAGAUCAAAGUCCUGGGCAGCCACUCACCUCAGCAGCAAAUGUCUUCUCUCUCUUUUAAAGUGACACUUUGUAUUCCUUGUGUGUCAAUCAAACUAACAUGUCCUGAUGAACGUUCUCAAACGUCGAAAUUUUUCUUUUUUUUCCUAUGUAUUUUUUGGGAUAUAUAUUAAAGGACCACUCUAGGCACCCAGACCUCUUCAGCUUAAUGAAGUGGUCUGGUUAACCUAUUUUUUCAUAAACAUAGCAGUUUCAGAGAAUUUGCUAUUUUUAUCAAUGGGUUAAGCCUUCCCCCAUUCCCUCUAGUGGCUGUCUCAUUGACAGCCACUAGAGGCGCUUGUGUGCUUCUCACUGUGAUUUUCACAGUGAGAGCACGCCAGCGUCCAUAGGAAAGCAUUGAGAAUGCUUUCCUAUGUGACCGGCUGAAUGCGCUUGCAGCGCAUGCGCAUUCAGCCGACGGGGCGGAUCGGAGGAGGAGAGGAGGCAGAGAGCUCUCCGCCCAGCGCUGGAAAAAGGUAAGUUUUUUUUAACCCCUUUCCCCCUUCCAGAGCCGGGCGGGAGGGGGUCCCUGAGGGUGGGGGCACCCUCAGGGCACUAUAGUGCCAGGAAAACAAGUGUGUUUUCCUGGCACUAUAGUGGUCCUUUAAAGAAGAUUAUUGAAAGAAAUCCCAGGAGUGCUGGCCAAAAUUUUGUGUGUGUGUGUGUGUGUGUGUGUAUAUAUAUAUAUAUAUAUAUAUAUAUAUAUAUAUAUAUAUAUAUAUGUAGUCUUCAUUCAGGUCUUGGUUAAAAGUAGCGUUUAUUUCCUCAUAGUUAAAAGGACUCUAUAGUCACCAAAACAACCUUAGGUUAUUGAAGCAGUUUUGGUGUAUAGAUAAUUUCCCUACAGUGUCGCUGCUCAAUUCUCUGCCAUUUAGGAUUUAUUGCACUUUGUUUAUGCACCCUAGUCACACCGCUCUGCAUGUGACUUGCACAGCCUUCCUAAACACUUCCUGUAAAUAGUCAGCUAAUGUUUAUACUUCCUUCAUUGCAAAUUCUAUUUAAUUUAAAAUGUAUUAUCCCCUGCAUGGUUAAUAUAUUACUAGACCCCACAGAAGCAUUCUGUGCAUGACUAAAGUUCACUUUACAGAGCAGGCAGGCAAUAAGAACUUUUAAAGUAAGUUACAUCUAAUUGAAAGUGAAACGUCUGGGACUGAAACGACCUCUUGCAUCACUAUAUGCACUUUAUGCAGACUACCAUACUUUAUAUUUCUAUUUAUUCAUGUAACUACCACUUUGGCACCCAUCAUUUACCGUUUUCAGUUUGUGGAGUGUUGGAGCCUGAGUGCAGAGAAUUGCCUUUAUUUAUAUGUAUGUAUGUAUAUGUAUAUAUAUAUAUAUAUAUAUAUAUAUAUAUAUAUAUAUAUAUAUAUAUAUACACACACAUACAGAAAAUGUGUCACUCACCCUCUGUAUUGUGUAUUAAAGUGCCUGGGUGUUAUCCUUGCAUGUGUGAUAAGAUAAAAAGGUAAGGGGUGUACUUACAGGUCCGUUUAUGUUGAAACACAGUUUUGGAGGUUUAUUCUGCACAAGUCAUUACAUUAUGGUGUCUAAUUGAUGUUUUCACCCCCCACAGGACACCCCACAGCAUCAGACAGUUUAAAGGACCAUUUCCUGCCGAGUGACCUGUGAUGGGCUGAGACUGUCAGCUGAUGACUUUCAGCCUAUCACAACGCUCAUUGCUGGUAUGAACUGGUAUGGUUAGAAGGAAGUAAUCUGUGAUUUAACCACACCUACAGUGGGGGUGGAGCUAUGGGAAGCCAGGGGCCCUCAUUCAGUGUUAAACUGCCUGAAAAUGGUUUCACACUGAAUGGAGGGCCACGUGACUCCAGGCACUAUAAUCACUUCAAUAAGAUGGAAUGAAUAUAGUGCCUGCAGUGUCCUUUUAACAUUGUGGCUAUCGGUAGGUAGGUAGGUUGAGCUAUAUCUGAGCUGCGCAGGCUUUCAGGGCAGGGCUGCCAUUCUCUCUGUGCUUUUCAGCAAAGUGCUGCCCUGUAAUAUGAGGAGGAAAAUAAAUUGUUUAACCAGGUCGGGAUCACGCAGGAAAAGCUUAAAUAAUUUCCCUGCUGCAGCUUGUGAAUGCUACAUGUAGUGCCCAGCAUUAUGCAGAGGUUACCCGCGUACCAGACAAUGCGGUGGAUCCUCGAAGCAUGGAGAUGUAGGUGGUUUCUUUCUAGCCUCUACACACCGCAUGUAUUUAGGGAUUGGCUACCUGGAAGGUGUGUGUUUCUUUAAAUAAAUGGCGGUGAAUGAUACUGGCUUGUAUUGCUGAAGGUGUUAAACUGAAGAGGGCUUUAAUUCGUCCAUGUGAAGAGCAUUAAGUAGAGAGUUGAUGGUGUCCUAAUGUGUAGGCAGACCCUCUGAGCACUGGUAAUGGACCCUAAUGAGCUCACAGCGAUCCCUCAUUGAUUGCUAUUAAUAUUUAUUACUUAGAUCAGUCUUCCUGGCCUUCUGGGGAGACAAAAUCCCCAUCCCACAUCCUACAUAUAAUGCUUUCAUUUGCUAGAGCUGAUGAUUCUGUAAUAAAUUAUGGAGUUUAAACUGUAUGGCAGAGGACAUUAUAAACACCAUAUCCACUGCAGCUCGGUGACCUGCUCUCAGCCUUUUAACACUGUCAUGGUUGAAUGAAUUCGACAUUGAAAACACGGAAGUGUAAAUUCAUUAUCAGUGCCUCUUGGCAGGGGGCGGUCUCUGGGUGCUUGUAAAUGUUUUGACAAUAAACCCGGGGAAGGCACCCAGAGACACUUGGCAACAUAACUCCUGCGCUGAGCUGUUAUAGUUUUUGUUUUUUCUCCAGUUUGGCAAAAAUAAAUUCAUGUAUAUAGUUUGUAAAUUUCAGCGCACGUUUUGCAUUUAAUCAUGACUUUUACUGGCCGGUUGGAUGCCGCAGUACAUAUGGGAAACACUAUAUAAAAGUAAGAAUAAUUUUAGCUUGGACUUUGAGGUCAUGUCUGGGACAGGAAGGGGAAUCUUUAGCAGAAAGCAUACACUCGAGUUUGUGAGCGCAAAACAAAACUGCAAACAGGAUGUCUAAAUGGAAGGGGGCGCCUCCAAUGUCCUAAAGAUAAAGGUGCAGUAAUUGCAUUUCAGGCUGUUUUGAUCACAAUGCUUCUGAAAGACCCAUCUUUAUACUGGCUGAUGGGCUUUGCUUAAAAGAUAUUUUCAUACAUUUUGCCGGUGAUGAGAACACAGAUAUUAUAUAUAUCAUUUCUGGACCUUUGAACUAGCACAUUUCCAUCACAUUAUUAGGGGAUUAACACAAACGAUGAUGAAAUCUGUCAGGUUUUCCUUGAUAAAGUCACUCUAAGUCACAGGAAAACAUGUGUGGGCCAGUUGUUUUUCUUGGAAACCACUAAAAUAGGAAGUGGAGACGUGCGGUUCUGAUUAAUUUAUUGGUCAUCGAAGACCAGAUUUAAAGUGGAGUUAACCGUUUGGUGUCUUCAUGAUUAGCAGUAACACAGAGGAGUUAUCUUGUCAUCUCGUGGCUAUAUGGACCACCGGAUACAACAAGACACUCUGUGGCAUCUUAUUAGGAACAUAGAGGGGGUUUUAGGGACAGGAAGCAGUAGGGGGAUAUUGAAAUUCUUCCAAAACAUAAAAGGCUACAUGUACCAUUCAUCCCCCCCCCCCCCUUUUACUUAUUCCCACAGACAUCACAAGAUCUGGAUUUUGCAUGUCACGAGGGGGUGGGGUGGUGGGAUUCAGGUCACAGGACCAAAUCCUCACAUUGGACAAACUGAAAUCGCACAGAGCAAGCCAGCAUAGGAUGUGUUUUUAAUAGCAGGCAGUGUGCUCCUUGUUACAGACAUAGGAGCUCGCUUGUCCAGCUGUUAGACAGCCCUUUAAUUCUCUGCCAGCCUCGGGCAUUCAGCAUUUUGUAACCACAUGUUAAACAGAGAUAUAAUGAACAGAUACUGCAGUUUAAAUACACAUUCCUGUAAGUCUUAUUGCUGUGGAGCUCUGUGAUACACACUGCACAUUACUGUGCGUUUUAUUGCUGUGGAGCUCUGUGAUACACACUGCACAUUACUGUGCGUUUUAUUGCUGUGGAGCUCUGUGAUACACACUGCACAUUACUGUGCGUUUUAUUGCUGUGGAGCUCUGUGAUACACACUGCACAUUACUGUGCGUUUUAUUGCUGUGGAGCUCUGUGAUACACACUGCACAUUACUGUGGAGCUCUGUUAUAUACGUAUAAACUGGGAACACUAUGAAGAAGCACAGGAUUUUGGAAUUUGGGUUCCAAAUAUAUAAAUGUGUGUCUCUAGUCGCCAACACAGAGCGAGAUACAUUUGUUUUUGCUCCGAGUUUCUCAUUAACACUUUGUGGUGCCCAGAGACACCUGGAAUAGACAUUCAUCCUGUUGUACUUUAAACACAGACAGGGAAGUGAUUUCAUUCAGGAUUUUCUUGUCAAAAUAUACCCGCUGACCAUCUAGUGUAGUGUGUAUACUGAUCUGAUGAUUAAUUAGCAGGGGACUGUUUGCUAUAAUGCGGUGAUUACAGCACUUGGCUGGGAAAGUACAAGGGGUGUUCUAGAUCCUAGCGUUGUCUAUAACAAUGUAUGUCUUACUCUCAAUCUCAAGUUAUUGCUGUCCGUCCAUAACAAUGUAUCUCUCCCCCUCCAGUCAUUACUGUCCAUAACAAUGUAUCUCUCCAGUCACUACUGUCCAUAACAAUGUAUCUCUCUAGUCACUACUGUCCAUAACAAUGUAUCUCUCCAGUCACUACUGUCCAUAACAAUGUAUCUCUCCCCCUCCAGUCAUUACUGUCCAUAACAAUGUAUCUCUCCCCCUCCAGUCAUUACUGUCCAUAACAAUGUAUCUCUCCAGUCACUACUGUCCAUAAAAAUGUAUCUCUCCCCUCCAGUCACUACUGUCCAUAACAAUGUAUCUCUCCCCUCCAGUCAUUACUGUCCAUAACAAUGCAUCUCUCCAGUCACUACUGUCCAUAACAAUGUAUCUCUCCAGUCACUACUGUCCAUAACAAUGUAUCUCUCCCCUCCAGUCACUACUGUCCAUAACAAUGUAUCUCUCCCCUCCAGUCACUACUGUCCAUAACAAUGUAUCUCUCCCCCUCCAGUCAUUACUGUCCAUAACAAUGUAUCUCUCCCCUCCAGUCACUACUGUCCAUAACAAUGUAUCUCUCCCCCUCCAGUCACUACUGUCCAUAACAAUGUAUCUCUCCCCCUCCAGUCAUUACUGUCCAUAAUAAUGUAUCUCUCCAGUCACUACUGUCCAUAACAAUGUAUCUCUCCAGUCACUACUGUCCAUAACAAUGUAUCUCUCCCCUCCAGUCAUUACUGUCCAUAACAAUGUAUCUCUCCCCCUCCAGUCACUACUGUCCAUAACAAUGUAUCUCUCCAGUCACUACUGUCCAUAACAAUGUAUCUCUCCAGUCACUACUGUCCAUAACAAUGUAUCUCUCCCCCUCCGGUCACUACUGUCCAUAACAAUGUAUCUCUCCCCCUCCGGUCACUACUGUCCAUAACAAUGUAUCUCUCCCCCUCCAGUCACUACUGUCCAUAACAAUGUAUCUCUCCCCCUCCGGUCAUUGCUGUCCAUAACAAUGUAUCUCUCCCCCUCUGGUCAUUGCUGUCCAUAACAAUGUAUCUCUCGUUCUCCCCCUGCAGACAUUGCUGUUCUGGGCGUUGGCAUUUGCUCUUUGUGCCGCCAUCAACCUCCUCUUCCUGACAGUCUGUCUGGUCUGUUUCUGCUGCUGCAAGAAAGACGAACAGACGGAGACCAAGAAUAUCAGCUCCUGCUGCAUUACGUGGACGGCCGCCAUCUCUGGCCUGCUCUGCUGGUGAGAGUCCCAUAAAGUGUACCCCAACCUUCUGUAAUAUCAGGUACCGGGGACAUGCCUGAUCAGUUCACUAAAUGGAGAACUAGGAAGAACUAGGAAGAAGUAGCUGAGCGGGAGAGUUUCAAUUUUUGACUACUUUGGCCUGAAGGUUGUAAUACCUUUGAUAAUCCUCCACCAUUCACAGUUUCAUGAAUAAACCCUGCUUUUCUAAUUAGUCAACUUAAUUCUAAAUUCAUAUUUAAUAAAAAAAUAAAAUUAAUUAAUUAAAGGGAAAUUAUAGGCAAGGGUGAAAGUGUAAAGGGUUACUCAAACACCACGACCACUUCAGUGUUGUGAAGUGGUCACAGUGGCUGGAGCUGUAUGUGCAGUGUUUUGAAGUGGUCACAGUGGCUGGAGCCUGUAUGUGCAGUGUUUUGAAGUGGUCACAGUGGCUGGAGCCUGUAUGUGCAGUGUUUUGAAGUGGUCACAGUGGCUGGAGCCUGUAUGUGCAGUGUUUUGAAGUGGUCACAGUGGCUGGAGCCUGUAUGUGCAGUGUUUUGAAGUGGUCACAGUGGCUGGAGCCUGUAUGUGCAGUGUUUUGCUUUGAAACUUUGCCCAUAUCGAGUUUAACCACUUUGCUACCAUAGGUGUAACUCCACCACCGGCAGCAACAUUGAGAUGUUGUCAGCCAGGCCGAAUUAUGUGAGUAUUCCUGUGCACAGAGUUGCAUUCAUUCGCUGAGAGCGGUCAUCUGAUGCUCUCAGACAAUGAAUGGCCUGCGCAGUCAUCUUUCAGUUUCUGCAAAGCUGCAUAAUUCGGAUACUUGUCACCUGCCAUGUAGGAUUCUCGGCUUCUAGCGGGUACCCAGGUCACAGGACACAAGUGGCAAGUCAGUGGAUAACAUUACCAGUAAACGGUUACAUCACUUGGAGCCAAAGGCAGAACUUCUGUUUGUGGACCCUGUCUUCACUCCUUCUGUGCCUGGAUAUUAAUGGAAUAAUAUAGGAGGUAAUAAUAAGGAAAAAGGAGCUGAUCCAGGAGCCUCAAAAGACAAGGAUAAGGGGCUGGUAGAUUAGCUCCAAGAACAGGCCCACCGUUACUCUCACUGAGGAUGAGGGAUGAUCCACAGGUAGUAUGAAAGGGUAAAAAAAAUAUUGGACCAGUGAAGGCCUUAAGGAGAGAGUAACAAUGAAAAGGAGAGGAUGCCCUACGAGCCGUUAGUAUACACGCUGGGAGUGUGUGGAGCUAGGGGUUCUGACAUUAUUUGGAUUUUUUAGACACAUUGUGUGUCUGUAGUUGGACCUUAGCUCGUUUGUACAUAUAUCUACACUAAUUUGUUACCGGCUAUUCUUUCAUCCUUAGAAGUAUUACAAGUAGGACAUCUCUCCUUUUCAUUGUUACUUUCUCCUUAGGGCCUUCACUGGUCCAAUACAUAUAGAUUCCCCCCCAUUAAUGGAAUAAGCUUUGACAUCUCUCCCUCCCUCCUUCCUUUCUUCUCUUUAUUGUCCUCCAGUACUUCUAUGGGGAGAGUUAAUAUUUAUGGUCAUGCUGAAUACAGCUGAAAGGGAGCUAUCUUUUGCCGUGGGCCUAAAUAACAAGGCUGAUAUCACUAUUUAUUUGAAAGCUGGGUGCACUGGUUCCUAAAUUGGCAUAACCAAAAUAUGACUAGCUCUCCAGACUGCCCAGGUGUCUGGUGCAAUACAUUCACUGAUGUUUUGUUGGAACAUGCAAGUUGUUGUCUUAUUUCUCCUGGAAGCCUUUGCAUUGCUGUUUGGCGUUUUGAUGACGUCACAGCGUUUUGCAUUUUCCUGCCCCUUCAUGUUGCUGGAGUUUCCUGCGCACAGCAGGGGUUUCAGCCUGGCCCAUGAAUCACUUUGAUUAAAUUUUGCUCUCUCCCGAGCUUUAGCUAGAGGAUUGUGUUUAUAAUCCGGACCAGCCGUGAAUUGCUGAUCUUCGCGUUGGGAUCGGGAGGAUGUGAAGGGGAAGUGGCAGGUCAGCAUGACAGCAGGAGUCUCAGAAAUCUCUGCUGCUUGCAUGUGGAGCAGUGAUAACACACUGCCAUCAUGUUUUUUUCACAAUAUAGUGGUGAUUAGCAUUUUGGUGUAAUUUGCUAUCUACCAGCGCCCGCUAAGAUAAUAUAUCCCUGGCUGUACAGGCGUGAUCUAUUGCUUGUGCGUCAGUCCCUCUAGGUCCCCCCAGUGUCACACUUUGGAAAAGAUGAGUCUUGUCCAUCUGUCUAGAGUGCUGCCCUAGGGACACCUCUCCUGGAAUGAUGGGUGUUUUCCCUUUAGUAUUGUAAAUAUGUCUGAUUAAAAACAGACUGGCUAUGGAAAGAUGCCUUCUAAAACCAGUAGCCAUUAUGUACCCCAUCUGUCUCCCCCAUCCUUGAGUGUCCCAUUAAUUCUAAAACCCUAGACUUUCCUGUAACUUUGUCCCAACAGCAUUGAAAGAAAAUAAAUCUCACUAUUAAAGUCUGUUUUAAUAAACACGCUUUGUAUUAGGAGACAGAUGUCAAAUCCUUCAUAAAAUACAUGUUUUUUUCCUUUAUCAAUGUUUAUUUUGUUACUUUGUAACGGUGCCAAUCAGAAAUGGCGUCUAAUUUUCCAGAAGAUUUCACAUGCGCGUAAUACCAUAACCUACAAAGCCAAGGUUUCAAGACAUGCGUGUAAUACCAUAACAUACAGAGCCACGGUUUCAAGACAUGCGUGUAAUACCAUAACAUACAGAGCCACGGUUUCAAGAGGUGUGUAAUACCAUAACAUACAGAGCCACGGUUUCAAGACAUGCGUGUAAUACCAUAACAUACAGAGCCACGGUUUCAAGAGGCGUGUAAUACCAUAACAUACAGAGCCACGGUUUUAAGAGAUGCGUGUAAUACCAUAACAUACAGAGCCACGGUUUUAAGACAUGCGUGUAAUACCAUAACAUACAGAGCCACAGUUUCAAGACAUGCGUGUAAUACCAUAACAUACAGAGCCACAGUUUCAAGACAUGCGUGUAAUACCAUAACAUACAGAGCCACGGUUUCAAGACGUGUGUUACCAUGCUUACAAAAUAAUGCACAGGUUGGAUGUCACUGGUAACACAGAGCAAUAAUGGUCUAUCACUUUAUUUUAAAGCAGUUUCCUAGCAACCACUACGGUUAUUUAGUCACAAAAUAUAAAUGGCUGCUCCCUGUAGCCCUGUUUUGCCGCUUUCAUGUCCUAUAUAUACAAUAGGGUUACAAUAUAUUGUGGUGAUUGCUAGCACAGAAUAUUGCAUGUUUUAUAUGGAUAACAGUCUGAUAUCUGUACAGCCAUACAGCCAGUAACAGGCAGUAUAUAUGUAGCACACAGUAUAUUAUUUUGCUUUUCCUUUGUCAUGGUGUUCAAUGAACUAGUAACUUUAUGCAGAGCUUAACACACUGUGUGCCAUGGGAGUCAAAGGUGGCCGGUAUUCAUGGGACUUUUAUAUAAAGAUCUACAGUUUUACCUCUUUAUUGGUUCCUAAAUAAAUAAUAAUAAAUCAUUCUGUCUGAGCACGGAUGUGCAUGUUCCUCAACUUUCCAUAUAUUCAGGUUAAUUACCCUUUUAAGCUUUUACUUGUUAAUCUUCUUUGAUUCAACUGCUCAGUCACGGUCACCUAAACAUAUGUUAUAAUACCGUUCAGCAUCAAAGGAAAUCCUCAUCGUCUCCUAAAUUGACUAUGGCACCCUGUGUUCAUCAGCAUACCCCUCUCCAGCUCGCGCAGAUUCCAUUGCUUGCCUGCUUCCUGUCUUUGUCUCUUGCUGGCUAUAGUUUGCUAUAGUUUGCAUUUUCCCCCUAUUACAGAAGCGUAAAUUUAAAACUCUUCCCUAAUUUGAUCUAAACUUCCUCAUUUUAUCUUCAAAGUGUGUGGUAGUUCUUCACAGAGAUUAACCUACAUUCCCCUUCAUUCACCACAUUCCCACACUUAGCUGUGCUUAGGACAACUGAGGUUAAAAAGGCGUUGUUGGAUAUAGGGGCUCUCUAAGUCAUUGUGUUAAAAAGAAUAUGAGGUCAUUAAAAAGCAGAGUGUCGCUACAGCGUGAAAUGCUCUGCGUACGCCACACUUAACCCAUCGGAGGUGAUAGUGGGGACUUGGCAUUAGAACCUACCUGCUUUUGAGAUGCUCUGGACUGUAACUCCUAUCAUUCAGCCAGAAGAAGACUGUUUACAUAACCUUUAACGCAUGUAACCUCCCCAUAAGACAGACACAGACAGACCUCUCUCUACAUGGAUCGUAAAACUUCAACUAAAUACUCGAAACCCCAAGUAAGAAUUGGGAGUAGGUAUAACGUAGACAAAAUAGGAACUCCUGCAGACCAUUAAUAAUGGCUUUCUUUUAGUCCCCAUUAUUUUUUUUUAUUUUUUUUGCUAUUUAUGUCUUAAAAUGUAUAAUUGCUAAAAAAAAUUAAAAUAAAUAAAUUGCAGUGCAAAAUGCUAGAAAUAGUGACAGUGGCUAAUGAGCGAGGCAGUGCGAGGAUUGCUCUUGGGUUCUGAAAUAGGGCUGCUGGUACAAUCCUGUUAUAUAACAAAACCUUGGGCUGGUUUUUAACAGCCGUGCCUUUAAAUAGCAACAUGUAUUCCUGGCUGAACAAAGAACUCUUCAUUAUCCGGCUGGGAAGAGAACGUUGGACAGGGGUUAAAAUCGAAAUAGACAGCAGAGAGUGAAAAAUUCCCUAAACCUUUCUGUGCCAAAAAAAAUCUGAGUAUUGCUUGUGGUUACCAAGUCCAUAUCGCUUCUCAGGCUUGGCUUGGGGCAGGUAUGAGAAACGUCCUUCUGAGCUCUAGUGAUGGGAACUAGUGAAAUAUCCAGGGGGUCUAAAUAACACAUUAGUCUGCUUUAUUGGGAAUAGCUGCAGUAGUUAGUAUAUUAUAGCCAGAACGUUAAACCUACUGCCAGGUGAAGUGUAUCACAUUGAUUAUAUCGUUACAAUGACACCUGUCUGGGGGUGCGAUAUAUUAGGCAGGAGGUUAACAGUCAGGUCUUAUAUUUCAUGUGUUGGAAGCAGGAAAAAUGGGCAAACGAAAAGAUCUGAGUGAUUUUUGACAAGAACCAAAUAGUGAUGGCUACACAACUGGGUCAGAGCGUUUUCAUCUCUUAAUUGUGUGUGUGUGUUUUUUUUUCCUUUUAUUUCCAUUGCAUUAAUAAACUUGUCCUUUAAGAUUGCUGUCCAAGUAUUUCUCAAUCCAUCGAUGGACUUAUUUCGUAUUGCGGACUUUCUCCAAGAUUGCAGAGCAUUGUGGGAGAUGUAGUUACUGUUGGCUCUACCGAUUGCCCAAAUCACCGCUUUAAAAAAUGAAAUAAGCGAAUUUACAGUCAUUCGUCAGUGAUGCUGGAUUUUAGUCAUUUCUACCAUAGAUAGACCUGUUCACGUAAUGCAAUUAAAAAGGUUUGUUGGGCAGCAGUGCUCCUAUUCUCCCACAGUACGAGGAGCUAGACUCUGCCGUGAUAAAACGUAUCUCUGUUUAGCCUGGGGGCUGCAUUGUAUUUUUCAAUGUGUCACUGGCGGUUAAUUCCGCUAUGGCAAUCUACUGCCAACUAAGUACGUUUCUCCCCCCUCCUCCUUAAUAACACAGGUGCAGUAUUUGUUUUCUGGCGCUAGAAGAGUUAAUCGUUGGAGUGCUUUAAUUGGGUUUAAUUGAGGACAAGUUCCAGACCAUCCCAUGGAGCUCCGAUAAAUUAGAUUGUUUAUUUAUAAAAGCAUCAAAGUACUGUAUAGCUGGAAGGAAAUGGGGUGCAAUCCAUGGGGUAUUUAUUCACUAAAUUGGGGAUCGCCAGCUAUUCAAUGUGAAUUACAAAAUUUUUACUUAAAAUUUAAAAUUCACUUUAGUCAAUAACUCUGCCUAGGAAAGAGAGCACCAAGAGAAUUACGCACAAGAGCUUACAAUCUAGGAAUGGGGGUGAGAAUGAUUCAGGGGGUGUCACUGGGCUCAGUAUAGGUUCCAGUAUGUUCUGGAUGUAACCACAGUGAAAUAUUGUGGAGAUUUAAUGAAAAUGUUAGUUCAGGUUUUUUUUUAACUGUGGUUCGUGGCAGUUCACAUCUAAACCUUGAAUGCCCCCAGCGUGUCCCUGCUCUGUCUGGACGGAUAUUUAAGGUCAGAGUUAAAGAAUUUACAGCACUGCAGAUGCUGUUAAAGUCCUGUACAGCUCCUUUUUACGUUUCCUUGGUCUCCUCCUUCGAAGGGGCUCUUCAAAUGUAACGCCAAUUCUCUGGGAUUGUUAGCAAACUGUUUUUAUCCCGAAUAAUUCUUGAAUGGUUUCGUUAUACGUCGUAUGUCUUAUUCUGAGUGCUGUAUCAGUGUAUUGGCAUGUGUUCCUGUACAUUCUGGGUUUUUUCUAUUUCUGCGAAUGGAGUUACCUGACCAGAACGUGUGCUGGAGUAUUAUGUAACACAUGUACUGAUAUAUUCUACUGCUCUCCCAAUUUCUCUCUUCUUUAUAUAAGAAAUGUAAAAAAUAAAAGUACUGUGCUGAUUCUUCGUCGGCCAGCUUCAGAUGGACUAAAUGAAAUAGAACCCAUUCCUGAUAGAGGAUAAUGGGAAUUGUAGUCUACCUCCAGUUAGUCGCAUGUUGUCAAAUUAUGAAUGACAUUGUUUCUGAAAGCACUCCAGAUAUUUCUGCGGUGCAAUAUACUUGUAGAGUGGACUAAUGAAGGGUAACUCUAGGAACAGUCUCCACAUAACGCAGAGCAUUUUGGGAAAUGUAGUAAGAGGAGAAGUAGAUAAAGCCGUUGACCCUCUCUCCUUUUAUUUCUAGUGCUGCGGUGGGAAUUGGAUUCUAUGGCAACAGCGAGACAAACGAUGGAGUGUAUCAACUGACCUACUCCCUGGACAACGCUAACCAUACGCUUGCCGGAAUCGAUUCUCUGGUAAGGAUUGAGUUAAUAAAAAUAACUCAUGUAUUUUGUCCUCCGACUCCCAGUUGAUGAUGUGUUACAGUAUCUGGUUGACUGACUGUUUUGUCACAACAUGACGCCUGUCUUAUCUUUAUCUCUGCAUCAAUAUAUUAAAAGAUUAACUUCUUGUCCCUGAAUUGCACAAGAACUCAGAGUUGUGACUAUAGACCGUCCGGACUAUUCACCGCUAUCUGUGGGAGAGCGAGAUUGGAAGGUGCACUGGAGAGGAGGAAGAGAGGAAAGAAGGACAGAUUUAAAGAGUUGGAGAAAGAAGAAUGAGAGGGCUGGCUAAGGGUCUUAGAGUGAUUGUUUAUAGAGAUCUGAUACAAAUCAUGGAUGCUGCCAGAGACCUAGAUCUUGUGUUAUUUUAUUGCACACUGGAUGAUGGCCAUACUUUCUUCUAGAGAUGUUUUUUUUUGUCAUUCCAAGCUGGUAUUAUGUCUUCGUGUGCGAGAACAGAGAUGACGCAGUUGGUGUAGCUGUGAGUGACCUUUCAUGGACAACAUCCUCUACACUAGGAUCUCACAGCUGGCGCGGGUAUUGCAAAGCUAUCAGACCCAUGGGAGCUUUGGGCAAUCCUGAGCUUUCUCUGAUUCCAGUGUCACGGAGCAUUCUAUAGCCAUUUAAAUAGACAUGCCUCCUAAGUGUCCCUAUUCAGUAAGGACAGUCCUUAUCAUCGGCACAAAUCCCUCCGCAGCAAUGAACAUAGUACAAAUCAGCCUCAAUACAUACUGCAAAAACCAAAGAAAGUUACCUGCGCUCUUUCCCAAAUCCCUAUGUUUAUUUAAGCAAAUGGAGAUGAUUUAGUUUCUCCAAUGGCCAUGAGAGACUUUAGCCCGCCUGCCACGUCAAGGCAAAUCUCUCACGUGGGUCCUACACUAACCUUUCUCCUUGCUUCCUUGAGCUUCUGGCAAAGAUAUCUCCAAUGAGUCAAUGAUCCCACUAAAACAUUGUUCAGUGUUCAGCACCACACCGCCAAAGAGUCCCUGUUUAGGAGGAACAGUCCUUUUUUUGGUCCCAAAUUCCUCUGCUCCUCUUUUCUCUCAUAAUGUCCCUCUUUUCUAGGAGCUCCAUAUUGUUGGUGUGUCUGACUGUAUAACAGAGCUCUACAGUAAUAAUACUCCCAGUAAUGUGGCUGAGUGUAUAACAGAGCUCCACAGCAAUAAUACUCCCAGUAAUGUCUUUAAACUACAAUAAAUGUGUUUGGAAAUCAGUCUGUGUAAAUAAGAUAAAUUGUUCUUCUUUUAAAUUACACACCCCUAAAAUGAAAGUGUCCCUCUUGUCCAUGUGAAAUGUUGGGAGGUAAGAGACCGCUCUGGAUUAAACGAUAUCGCUGUUUUCCUGUAAGACAUUCUGAGCUGGGAGGAGGGGGGGCCUGCUAUAUUUAGAGAUAUUAAUCCUCUGUUAAAGUGAACUGUUAUCCACAAAUGUAUGAAUUUAUUAAAUCUGCCACUGCCUUAUAAACCGUAAUCUGUAUAUUGUGGAAGUUAAACCCCCAUUGUUAAAAUGCUGGAUAUGUUUUGACCCCCUGCUGGCUGCAUUCUUGAUAUCUCUAUGCGGAACUAAUAUCUACAUAAUUUCUCUAACACAGCGUACAGUGACGUCUGCCUUUGUCUGACCAGAUGUUAGUGGACUACAUUUCCCAAGAUCCUCGACUAACCUUGGGAAAUGCAUUUCACUCUUGUCUGGGGAGCAAAGGUAACAGUUACUGGUAUAAAUUAAAUUGUAUGUCCUGUGAUAUUGGUCUGAGGUGUGCACUCUCUGCAUCUCUGAUAUUAGUACAGAGUACUGCGUCUGUAACCAAGUGAAAUCCAUAUAAUUAAUAGAAUGUAUUAGCUUUAUUUAGGAUAUUAUAUCUGCGCUACGUUUAGCAUAUUAUAUCUGCGCUGUUUAUUAUAUUAGUGCUGCGGUAAGGAUAUUAUAUUAGCGCUGCGUUUAGGAUAUUAUAUUAGCGCUGCGUUUAGGAUAUUAUAUUAGCGCUGCGUUUAGGAUAUAUUAGCGCUGCGUUUAGGAUAUUAUAUUAGCGAUGCGUGUAGGAUAUUAUAUUAGAGCUGCGUGUAGGAUAUUAUAUUAGAGCUGCGUUUAGGAUAUUAUAUUAGCGCUGCGUUUAGGAUAUUAGCGCUGCGUUUAGGAUAUUAUAUUAGCGCUGCGUUUAGGAUAUUAUAUUAGCGCUGCGUUUAGGAUAUUAUAUUAGCGCUACGUUUAGCAUAGUAUAUUAGCGCUACAUUUAGGAUAUAUUAGCGCUACAUUUAGGAUAUAUUAGCGAUAUGUUUAGGAUAUUCUAUCUGCGCUGUGUUUAGGAUUUAUUAGCGCUGUGUUUAGGAUAUUAGCUUUGUGUUUAGGAUAUUAUAUUUGCGCUACGUUUGGGAUAUUAUAUUAGCUCUAUAGAAUGUAAGCUCGAUUGAGCAGGGUCCUCUUCAACCUAUUGUUCCCGUAAAUUGUUUUUUUUAAUUGUCCUAUUUAUAGUUAAAUCCCCCUCUCAUAAUAUUGUAAAGUCAUACGGAAUCUGUCGGUGCUAUAUAAAUGGCGUUGAUGAUAAUAGUGCUACGUUUAGGAUAUUUAUAUUAGCGUUACGUUUAAGAUUAUUAUAUUAGUGCUGUGUUUUGAUAUAUUUGCACUACGUUUAGGAUAAUAUAUUAGCGCUUUGUUUAGGUUAUAUUAGCGCUACGUUUAGGAUAUUAUAUGUGUGCUGCGUUUAGGAUAUUUUAUUUUUUUUAAUUUUUUUUGUCAAUCUGGUUUUAUUGAAGGCAUAUAAGAUGGGGUACAUAAGAGAAAGCAGGGGAAAUGUACGGGUGGUUUACAAUAUAAGGUUGAUACAUCAUUCAGCAAGAGUACGUUUCAUUUCCAGAAUAACAAUGCCUCAUUUUUUUAAGUUUAAACUGUAGUAUGAAUAUACAAGCUAUGGAUCGUAAGAUCCGGUAUGUAACAUGCUAAAUUAACAAUGCAUUAACUAGUCUUAAUGUACCAACAGUAUAAUACAGUGUAGGUUAAACUGAGGCAGCUGGUAUGCAUUUGCUAGUCGUAUGUUGUAUAUAGGUAAUCCAUGUAUCCUGCUAACUGUGCCUAAACUGCGUGUUGUAAUACAAGCUGAGAGCAAGCAGUUAUAAUAUGUGAACACAUUUAAUGCGCUUGUGACAUAACUGUAGUGCACCAUAGUGGGGGAUUGCUCAAACUGCACUUAGCUUAAUACAUGUGUGAGGGAUGUGACCGGUGAAGCGUUUAGUGGUGGUGUUCUGCUGGACCCACUGGUGAGUUGCAUGAGUUUCUAGUAAGCAGUGUCCUGGUGUGAACUGCAAGUGGAGUCAUUUAUCUAGUUUGGAAACACGCUGGAUUAUCCACCAACCUCCCGGAGCCAGUCUGGUGUACUCUAUGCAAGAGGAUGGGAUAUGUAAUAUGGCUACUCAGUGGAGGCUCAAUUUAGUGUAUCUGCGUGGACAAUUCAUGCUGUGCCCUAAAGAGUCCUUGGCUGUUGGUGGCAUGUAGUGGGGUCGCAGGCUUACGGUCCAUCUAUCAGCCUGCUGGGGAGGUCGGAGCCAUGAGUUGGACGGGUCAACAAGAGGCUGGUGAGUUGUUGGUACAAGGAGGGAGCACUCCAGCCCCAGGCCGGAAUGAAGGCCAGCACCUGCAGUCCACAGACUCGGGUUCUCGUGGUCGAGGCCGGAUCUACCCUCUGUUGGGUGCCAUGGGGUGCUCGGAUGUUCUGCCGUCGCCUGCGAUGGUCGGGCUUCUGGCGGUGUGGUUGGUGCCGUGGAUGUUUCCUCCGGGAGGCCUUCAGCCCAGAAAGGAUUGCAGGGCGGGCUGCGACAUUGGACUUGUGUGGUUUACCCGAUGUAGGGCUUUUCCAGCUCCGCACCUCGUCCCUCCUUACUGUUCCCACCGGGUCAGGUGGUUCCCAUCUGCAACAUAGCUUCAGGCGCUCCCAGAGCCUGUCUCGUCUCUCAGCGUGCUGCUUUGAUGGGCUGGCGCGGGCUUUUGCCACUGAGUUGCGGCCGCCAUCUUGUGUGGCCCACUGGCCGCGUUGUUCAGGCUGCGGGGUAUAGCUGGGGCUUGUGGUGUCUUUUGCCCUGGUUUGGUGGGGACCGAGAUGACCCCCGCCGGUCCAAGGGGGGGGGGGGGGAAGGGGACCCAUGUCGAGGUUGUCGCUUAAUAUGGCCCCAGGAGAGCGGCUGUCUCCCCCGUGGUCCGUUUGUCUCGAUGCGUGGUAUUCCUCGCUGCUAGGCUCCGGUUUCUGCGGUCGGAGCUGCAAGCUUCGCGUACCGUUAGGUGCCGCUUCAGGUGCUGGUUAUCCUUCUCAGUCUGGUAGGCUGUUCCAGGCUCAGUAGGUCGCCGCUAGGGCUCAGAUUAUGCCCAUUGCCACCGGAGCAUUUAGCAUGUGCAUCCGGCCAUCUUGACGGUCAGGCUCGCCCCGCGUUUAGGAUAUUAUAUGUGCGUUGUGUUUAGGAUAUUGUAUGUGCGCUGUGUUUAGGAUAUUAUAUGUGCGCUGCGUUUCGGAUAUUAUAUAAGCGCUGCAUUUAGGAUGUUAUAUUAGCGCUACGUGUAGGAUAUAUUUGCGCUAUGUUUAGUAUAUUAUAUUAGCGCCAUGUUUAGGAUAUUAUAUUAGCGCUACGUUUAGGAUAUUUGCGCUACGUUUAGGAUAUAUUAGCGCCAUGUUUAGGAUAUUAUAUUAGCGCUACGUUUAGGAUAUUAUAUUUGCGCUGCGUUUAGGAUAUUAUAUGUGCGCUGCGUUUAGGAUAUUAUAUGUGCGCUGCGUUUAGGAUAUUAUAUGUGCGCUGUGUUUAGGAUAUUAUAUGUGCGCUGCGUUUAGGAUAUUAUAUUAGCGCCGUGUUUAGGAUAUUAUAUGCGCCCUGCGUUUUAGGAUAUUAUAUGCGCCAUGUUUAGGAUAUUAUAUGUGCGCCAUGUUUAGGAUAUUACAGUUGCACAGACAAUCUCCUUUUCUCAGGCCGCCCGCUUCCCUAAGUGGGUAUUGUAAAAAGAAUCAAAUGAUGUUACUGAUGGGUUCCUCAAUUUACUCAUUAUGGGGCCGGAGUGUCUGUCAGCUGAAAGCCGAUUUAAUUUAUCUGCUUUCAGAUGUGAAAAGCUGCAUCCACUACAGACCUCAGAACCUAUUACUCGCUGUGUAAUCAACCUCACAUCUCUUAUUUCCGCUCGCCAGACCGCAGAGCGCUCAUACAAUACCCUAUUCUCCUCUACCCUCCCUGGCUAACCCAGCUGCUGGCCUACCCUCCCCCUCUCCCAGCACUGCUUUCUCAAACUGGGAUUUAAAUCUUCCCUGGGGACCAGUUUCCAGCUGCUGCUUUUUUUUUGAACCCUCUCAGACUGGGCAUAGAACAGGGCAGAGGGUAACACCGUGAAUCCUUAACCCCUUUAUCAUCACAAGGGGACAAGCAAAUCCUAUUGCCGUCCUGUCUUAUAUGGGGUGUUAUCGGUGUUUAAGGGGUUAAAAUGAGAUGCAUUGUUUUAAUUGAUCUCUUCCAAUAUGGAUCCCGUAUUAAUCUUUAUAGAAAACAAGCUGGGUGGCCACUUAGUUUCUUUCCAGAAAAGUUUAAAAAAAAAUGUAUAACCAGAAUAGAAUUCUGGGACUCGUGGUCCAAUAGCUGGAAUGCCUUGGUUAAAUAUCUGUGUGCCACGUCAUAUAAUGACAAUUCCCAACCGUGAAGAUAACUUUCUUUAUAUUGUAAAUUGUAAUCUGACAAUAACGGAUCUUUGUAACUACCACACCCAACAAUUAACAUGGAGUAACUAAUUGCUGCAUUGCUGUCUUUAUAAAGGGUUUAUCAGUGCUGCACCUGCUGACAUUUCAAAUGGACAGAGAGACACUUUCAUUUUAGGAGUGUGAGUGGGGGUGACCAGAGGCUGGCUGUUCUGAUAAAUGUUAGAUUUAUCCAACUAAAAUGUAAUUUAUAACAAGAACAACAAAUCUUCUUUACACAGACUGAUUUCUAAACACAUUUACUGUAGUUUAAAGACACAUUACUGGGAGUAUUAUUGCUGUGGAGCUCUGUUAUACACUCAGACACAUUACUGGGAGUAUUAUUACUGUGGGGCUCUGUUAUACACUGACACAUUACUGGGAGUAUUAUUGCUGUGGAGCUCUGUUAUACACUCAGACACAUUACUGGGAGUAUUAUUGCUGUGGAGCUCUGUUAUACACUCAGACACAUUACUGGGAGUAUUAUUGCUGUGGAGCUCUGUUAUACACUCAGACACAUUACUGGGAGUAUUAUUGCUGUGGAGCUCUGUUAUACACUCAGACACAUUACUGGGAGUAUUAUUGCUGUGGAGCUCUGUUAUACACUCAGACACAUUACUGGGAGUAUUAUUGCUGUGGAGCUCUGUUAUACACUCAGACACAUUACUGGGAGUAUUAUUACUGCGGAGCUCUGUGAUCCACUUGGACACAUUACUGGGAAUAUUAUUGCUUUGGAGCUCUGUUAUACACUCAGACACAUUACUGGGAGUAUUAUUGCUUUGGAGCUCUGUUAUACACUCAGACUCGCCACCAAUAUGAAGUUCCUAGAAAAGAGGGACAUGAGAGAAAAGAGGGGCGGAGGGACUUGGGACCAAAAAAGGGACUGUCCCUCCUAAACAGGGACACUUGGGUGGUAUGUUGCUGAGCCCGUCACAGUGUUUUAGUGGGAUCACUGUAUAUGACAAGAAUGCCUUAUUUAGAUAUACAGCAGCUUAUGAUUAAUAUUCUCCCACUGGUUCCAAAGGGGAAUGCCGAAAUUUCACCUCUUCCAAUGGAGGCGUUAACCCGAGCUCAGUUUAGUCAUUAUUCAUACUUUCAGUAUCGGUGAUGAGCAAUAUCUUUUAUCUUGUUGCCCAUGAAAUAGUUAAAGUGCAGCAAUAUAUUUACAAUGUCUUGGAAAUGUGAGGGUUAUUUCCUAAACUGAGAAUUAAAAAUAACCUAAAAGGAAAUUGCUAAUUUUAGCCCACUAUACCCCAACGAGGAAUUAGACGGUAUUCUAUCAAAUUUCCCUACACUCGCUAUUUGAAUGUUACAUGUGCUGUUCCCUUGUCAGCUCUCCUGCUAGAUGUUACCGUUUCUUUUUAAUGCUGUUGACAAAAGAUGCCUAGACUUGCAAGAGUUAACAGAAAUAGCAGCAAGUAGUCAUGUGAUUUUAUUACAAGGGGCGCAUGCACACUUAUAGAUCACUAACCCAAGCGAGCACUAAGACAAAGCAUGCAGUAUUGUGGGCUGGACUUGGAUUUUGUCCCAGGAGCUUGUGAUCUAAUAGUAAAAUAAGACUAUCCCAAGCAGCGUACAGGGCGUUGGAAAAUAUACUAAGUUUGUAUCGUGAAAGUUUCUGUACUAUGAGAAUCUGGACACAUUCCUGUUUUUCACACCAGAAAGACAUUUUAAUGCACUUUAUCUCAAAUCUUAUUGUUUUUUUUUUUUUUCUUAAUGUAGCAAAGUGAGGAAAUAUAAGUUUACAUGGUCACUUCUCGGUGACAAAUUACAACAUGUGUUUGAAACAAAUCCACACUACAGCUAAUGCACCAAUUAGCCACGCGAACUGGUGCCGAUUUUUCAUGUUGCCUUAUUUAACAUCUGUUUACUCUUGAGAGAUUUAUUGAGUAUUUUAAGGCUGUGCACAGAAACGGGAUUUGCUGUCCCAGAGGAACAGGUGACAUUGAGAGCAAUGCAUUAUUAGUUACAGGGGUUUUUAAGCAAACUGUGUGCAUUAUAACCGUAUCUCCUAAUUCUGUGUGUAUCUACCUAUAGCUUACCUUGGAUUGAAUACAUUUUCGGAAUUUUAUUUUAAUUUAAUGUUCCUGGUGCCACUGUUAACCAGCUGUUCCUACCGUAGAAGUUGAUUUGAUCGCCAGCAGCAGCCACCAGUCGAGUUAAACAUAGCUAUGAGAAACCGUAAGGGGGAUCAGAAUGGAGUCGUACAGGGUAUUCAAUAAGUAGGGACAAUAAGGGUAAAUAUUCCUGAUGUAACUUAAUCAGAAUUUGAAAAAUAAACAUAAUACGAAUUUUAUUUUAUUUUUUAUAGUAUAGAAAAACCAGAAACACGGCCAUGUUUCUUUAAUACCGUAAUUGGGGCUGUUUAAUAUUUCCUACUAUGGAUUGCAUUUUAAACUGGGAUAAACCCAUGUUUUCCUCUCAUUAUCCCCAGGUUUCGGGCACCAGCUUUAAGAUGAAGGAAGGUUUGGACGAGCACUUGUUGCGCCUAAGCGAGAUCUUUGCGGUGAAAGGCGAUUAUGUGCAGAGUUUGCGGAUAAUGCAGAGAAUGGCUGGGAAUAUCAUCCAGCAGCUCUCCAGCUUGCCCAACUGGCAAGGAACCACCAUUAACCUCUCUCAGAUUGCCUGGGAGGCCAGCGUCAUCGAAUAUUACAGGUAGCCGGGGGCACUGGGGGGAAGCUGGUUUGGUUGCACAGUGAAGGCCAUGUGUUGCUGCCAUGUUUUGACUGUUCUGGGAUGUCACCAGAUGAACUGCAGGACUACGAACAGCACUUGGUCAGACAGUUACUGUGUGUGCGGGAGAGGAUUCACAAUCAGUCUCAAUGCAUCCCAAAAAUCCAGAUGUUAUCAGUCUCCCCAUUGUAGCAGAAUUAAGGAAUCUGUGAAAUACUGCUGGGCUGGAUGAGGGAAGUUUGUCGAUCCAAUGAUCUGUUAAACGGACCUGUUCCUCUUUAUAGUUGUUUUAAGGUGUGUCUGGAUUCAGAACCGCAGGAAGCAAUCCUGGGUUACAAUCCAUUGGUUUCCAUGGUGACUGCUCAAUUUUGAGAACUUUGUUGCAGAAUUACACUUUAUACAUAUCAUUAAAUUUCUGAUUUUGGUGUUUGGCCAAAUGUGAACUUUGAUAAUUUUUUAAUUUCUGAGAUGAUUUAAUGUUUUAGUUUGUCUUUGUCAGAUUCCUCCCCCUAUAUCUGACUGAGGGUAUUUAAUGGUCUUGUUUCCCUCCUGCAGGUGGCUGUCUUAUCUGUUUCUUUUUAUCUUUGACCUGGUUAUCUGUCUUGUUACCUGUUUGGGACUGGCCAAGCGAUCCAAGUAUCUCCUCAUCACGUGAGUAACUGCUAGAACGCACACUGGGAACUCACACGGGGAGAGAUUUAUCAACCUGUUGCAGACUCUUCCUGUUUGUUUUGCUCAGUUUAUUAAAUCUGUUUUUUUUUUUUUGUUUGUUGCUUCACUUUGCGCCUUGCUGUUAUUUUUGAAUGUGUGACAUUUGUCUGGCCAAGCAAUCAUUCUUCCCAUCAUUUUUUUUUAUACAAGGAGAUGUAGUUUGUCUCUAUUUUUCCCUCUAAAAUGCUGCAUUUGUAAAAACUCUAAAAUGUGCGUUACUUCCAAAUAAUGUCCGAUAUGAGAUUGAAGGCUGAUUCAUUUUAAAACCAGUUUAAUAAAUAAUUAGAUGUAAGGGCCAAAAGUAAAAGUUACUUUUUGGAACACCCAGAUUAACAUUUACCAGGAGCGGGCAGAAUGUAGAACUCAAGCUGCUACGAUUAGAAGUCCUUUGAUGAUUUGCAAUCCUGAAAGUUGUAGAAUUCUGUGACUUUAAUGUGAAAGCCAAAAAGCAUGAGCUUUUAUAUGUGGGGCAAGGCCGUGUGUCUAUACUGUAAUGUGCCAUUAUCCAGGAGCAUGCAGGCAGAGAACUCAGUGAGACAUCAGUACAAAACAUUGGAUCACAGCAAAGUAAAACGACAGAAUAUGGCUUUCACGCUAUGUCAAUACCAAUUACACUGCAACCUCUGAAAGCCCCCCAGUAUAACAGAUCUGAGAGGGGAGAGAUUUGCAAUGCUGAUCAAUAUUAACCUCUUCACUAUUUCAGUAUUGGCCCCAACCAAAAAAUAACGCUUGAAUUCAGAUUUUUAUAUUGUGAAAAUAUAAUGCAAACGUCUUUGAUUUGUAAGGUAUAUUAAUACAGGAAAACAUGUAUACACAAGGGGUUAUGCAAUGACUCUGCCCCCUGUGUGUGCGGGUUAUUGAGAGGUGAGGGUCUGGUGGUUCUGGGUGUCCACGUCUUAGAUGGAAUUGGUUUAUGUUUAGGCCGUGAAUUGAUGAGAGCUUCUAUUUAUACAUUAUAUUUUGUGGCUGUUUUAUGUCUCUUAUCUACUUAUCUCCUUUACAUUGGGUCUCAUUAAACGGAUAUGUAAUGCAAUGUGUCGUAAAUCAGCAAUUAUACUGGAUAACUCUGAGUUCUUUUAAUUGUUGUGUUACAAAGCAGUGCUGGGAGCCCGCAGUUUAUACGGGAAGAGAAACAGGAGAUACAGAGAUUGAUGCUCUCCAUCUGCUCACUGCUUCCCCUGAGACUCUCUGAUUACAGCUUAUUCUGUCUUCCUUUCCUCCUCUCAGGCUGCACCCAUUGAUUUCUAAUAGUGCUGCCCGGGACAGAGUGAGAUCCAUGGGGUGGGGGGGUAAAACUAAUUGUAUCGGAGUCAGAGAUCUAAGGGCUGCGUAGAUCUAAAUUAUUCACAAGCUGCAUAGAGAGACUGUUGGACGUGCUUGACCAAGGCUGAUCUGUUUGCAUAAUGGAGGCGCUGCAGUGACCAGCUGUGGGCUGGGGUAGUGUUUAGAUAUGUUUGUGUGUGUUUAUGUAUAGAGUUCUGUAAAAUAAACACCUAUCACUUAGACUGGAGUGACUGCUUUCUGGACCAGUUUAUUUGUCCACGGUUUACAACAAAAUCGUGAUUUAGAGAUUUCUAGUUAUCUUUUCUGUUUCCGUCUGUCUAUCUGUCUCUUUCUUGCUCUCCCGAGAUAAGGAUGCUAGAGGGCAAUGAGAAGGCGAGAGUGAGGGUCUUUGAAAGCUCCUAAUGGAGUUUAGUAUUUUUCGCAAUGCACAAUAUUCCGUGUGCGCAGAUGAUGGGGAUGGAGUGGGAAUGGGAAUCCAUUAUAUACACAGAAAUGGUGGAAGCUGGCCCAGGGAGCUUGCAAUCUGUUAACUCUUCUAGAAGUGCCUGUAAGAAUUCAGUGUUUGUUUUGUGAAAGACGGUGACAGUGUUUUCUGUUUUGUUUGCAGUAUGCUGUGCUUUGGUCUCAUGACUGUAACGAUGAGCUGGGCAUCUCUGGCUCUCGAUGCUGCUUCCUCGGUGGUAAGUUUCUCUCAGUCCUUGACAAGGAGAGCCAGGUUACCGAUCACCUACCUGUAUACACCAACAUUGUUUUAUUCUACCAGCUGAAUCUGCACGUCUCUCUCCUGCACAAAGAGUUAUAACAUAUUAACCCUGUAAAGCCAAACUUACAACCAAAGCUUGUUUUCCUGCUCCUCCCUACCUGGGGUAAUCAUAACUAAGUUUCACAAUCCAACUAUUGUGGACUACAUAUCCCAAUGUGCACAGUUACAGCAUCAUAGGAAAUAUAUUCCACAUUAGCUAUAGUGGUGUAGGUGUGCCUCUUCUUCCUUAAUGUAGGCACCCAAGGUGGGUAUAAAGAUAUACAGUAUCUCACAAAAGUGAGUAAACCCUUCACAUUUUUGUAAAUAUUUUAUUAAAAAUUUUCAUGUGACAACACUGAAGAAAUGACACUCUGCUACAAUGUAAAGUAGUAAGUGUACAGCCUGUAUAACAGGGUAUAUGUGCUGCCCCCUCAAAAUAACUCAACACACAGCCAUUAAUGUCUAAACCGUUGGCAACAAUAGUGAGUACACCCCUAAGUGGAAAUGUCCAAAUUGGGCUUAAAGUGUCAAUAUUUUGUGUGGCCACCAUUAUUUUACAGCACUGCCUUAACCCUCAUGGGCAUGGAGCUCACCGGAGCUUCACAAGUUGCCACUGGGGUCCUCUUCCACUCCCCCAUGUAGGCAUCACAGAGCUGGUAGAUGUUAGAGACCUUGCGCUCCCCCACCUUCCGUUUGAGGAUGCCCCACAGAACCACAAUGCAGUUUAGGUCUGGAGACAUGCUUGGCCAGUCCAUCACCUUUACCUUCAGCUUCUUUAGCAAGGCAUUGGACGUCUUGGAGGUGUGUUUGGGAUCGUUAUCAUGUUGGAAUACUGCCCUGUGGCCCAGUCUCCGAAGGCAGGGGAUUAUGCUCUGCUUCAGUAUGUCACAGUACAUGUUGGCAUUCAUGGUUCCCUCAAUGAACUGUAGCUCCCCAGUGCCGGCAGCACUCAUUCAGGCCAGACCAUGAUACUCCUACCACCAUGCUUGACUGUAGGCAAGACACACUUGUCUUUGUACUCCUCACCUGGUUGCCGCCACAUACGCUUGACACCAUCUGAACCAAAUAAAUGUAUCUUGUUCUCAUCGGACCACAGGACAUGGUUCCAGUAAUCCAUGUCCUUAGUCUGCUUGUCUUCAGCAAACUGUUUGCGGGCUUUCUUGUGCAUCAUCUUUAGAAGAGGCUUCCUUCUGGGAAGACAGCCAUGCAGACCAAUUUGAUGUAGUGUGCGGCAUAUGGUCUGAGCACUGACAGGCUGACCCCCCACCCCUUCAAACUCUGCAGCAAUGCUGGUAGCACUCAUACACUAUUUCCCAAAGACAAUCUCUGGAUAUGACGCUGAGCACGUGUACUCAACUUCUUUGGUUGACCAUGGCGAGGCCUGUUCUGAGUGCUGUCCUGUGAAACCGCUGUAUGGUCUUGCUCACCGUGCUGCAGCUCAUUUUCGGGUCUUGGCAAUCUUCUUAUAGCCAAGGCCAUCUUUAUGUAGAGCAACAAUUUGUCUUUUUCAGGUCCUCAGAGAGUUCUUUGUCAUAAGGUGCCAUGUUGAACUUUCAGUGACCAGUGUGAGAGCGAUAACACCAAAUUUAACACACCUGAGACCUUAUAACACAUGGGUCGUCAACCUGGUCCCUAUGGCUCACUAGUGGGCGUUUGUUUUCCAGGUGGGCGGUAGGGUUUCGGUUGCACAACAAGCUAAUGCUAAAUCUUCCUAUUGAGAGAGUGGGCGGGCGCGUGCGAGUGCACGGGCGUGAGUGCAGUAACACACAUGACGAACACACAAGUAAUACACAAGUACAACGCGUGCAAACACAAGAAUGCCUGCACGCGAACAAGAGAACGGGUGCAUGCGCGUGCCAAUGCAAGCGAGUGUGACACAUGGGAAGGGGAGGAGUGGAAGCUGAUGCACGAUAGCAGGGUCAGGCAGAAGCUUAGCAGAGCAGUUGCAAAACAGGAGAAAGAAAAUGUAUCGACAGGACAAGGAGAGAAUUGUUGUUGGCUAAUAACUCAGCCUUGCUUUUGUACAUUGCCAUAAGGAAGGUAAAAGAAAAGCAUAAAAAAGAAGAUAAGGAAAAGAUCCCAAAAAGUUUUUUAAAAAGGGAAGAAAAAUAGAAAAAAGGGGAUAAAAUAAAGGAGCAGAGUACUUGUACAAUAGAAGAAAGAAGCAGCAGAGUACUUGUAGAAUAGGAGAAAGAAGGAGCAGAUUACUUGUAGAAUAGGAGAAAGAAGGAGCAGAGUACUUGUAGAAUAGGAGAAAGAAGGAGUACUUGUAGAAUAGGAGAAAGGAGUAGAGUACUUGUAGAAUAGGAGAGAGAGUACUUGUAGAAUAGGAGGAGCAGAGUACUUGUAGAAUAGGAGGAGCAGAGUACUUGUAGAAUAGGAGGAGCAGAGUACUUGUAGAAUAGGAGGAGGAGAGUACUUGUAGAAUAGGAGAAAGAAGGAGCAGAGUACUUGUAGAAUGGGAGAAAGAAGGAGCAGAGUACUUGUAGAAUAGGAGAAAGAAGGAGGAGAGUGCUUGUAGAAUAGGAGAAAGAAGGAGCAGAGUACUUGUAGAAUAGGAGAAAGAAGGAGCAGAGUACUUGUAGAAUAUAAGAAAGGAGGAGCAGAGUACUUGUAGAAUAGGAGAAAGAAGGAGGAGAGUGCUUGUAGAAUAGGAGAAAGGAGUAGAGUACUUGUAGAAUAGGAGGAGCAGAGUACUUGUAGAAUAGGAGGAGCAGAGUACUUGUAGAAUAGGAGGAGCAGAGUACUUGUAGAAUAGGAGAAAGAAGGAGCAGAGUACUUGUAGAAUGGGAGAAAGAAGGAGCAGAGUACUUGUAGAAUAGGAGAAAGAAGGAGCAGAGUACUUGUAGAAUGGGAGAAAGAAGGAGCAGAGUAUUUGUAGAAUGGGAGAAAGAAGGAGCAGAGUUUUUCCAUUAAGGAGAAAGAAGGAGCAGAGUACUUGUAGAAUGGGAGAAAGAAGGAGCAGAGUACACUAGCGAGUUAGAAAGAAGGAGCAGAGUAAAUGUAGAAUGGGAGAAAGAAGGAGCAUUUCCACUUAUGGGGUGUACUCACUUUUGUUGCCAACGGUUUAGACAUUAAUGGCUGUGUGUGGAGUUAUUUUGAGGGGACCGCAGAUUUACCCUGUUAUACCGGCUGUACACUUACUAAAUUACAUUGUAGCAGUGUUAUUUCUUCAGUGUUGUCACAUGAAAAGAUAUAAUAAAAUAUUCACAAAAAUGUGAGCUACUGUAUCUAUGUACCAGCAUUUUAUUGCUACCAGACAAAGAAUUUUCUUUUUCAUGAAAUUGGAGCAAUUCACUGAAAUGUUUUGCAUUAUAACUUUUUCAUCCAAGUACUCCAGCGACAGCAGGGACCCCCAAGCCAUAUUAAUAAGCCGUCCCUUUAAUUGAACUUUGUUACCCAGACAGCGUCAAAUAGCCAGAUAGCGUGGUGAGAGAGCCAAGGAGUAAUGUAGGGGUCCUUCCUCUCCAAGUAAAAUGAUACUACUGGAACCCUGCGUGUUUAAUCGCCCACAGAAUUAGUCAUUACUCGCUCUAUAGAGCCAGCAUAGGCUGUAGUGUAGCUUUGUUAAAGGUGGCUAUUUCUCUGUGGUUUUUCCACGGAGUUCUCCAACAUGCAUGGCAGAAUCUGAGAGAGGUAGAAGCAUAGAACAGGCUUUAUCUGAUAAACUGUAUCAGCAGAAUAAUCAUAGUAAGUGCACAUUAAGUAUCAUGGACACAAAGCGUUUGGCAAUUCUCUCACUUUAAAUGGUCCACUCAUUCCCCAAGGCAUGAAUUAGUCUGAAUCCACUUUAUCGUGAUGAAUCCAACUAGUGAAUUUAAACAUCCAGUGUUUUCACUCUGUGAGAGUCUGGGGUUCCAAGGGUUACUCAUUAGGGAGGGGGGUGAUUCGCUGUAAUGUGGAUCUAUAAUCUGCGCUUACAUUUCUGCAAUGUAAACACUCGUACAUCAUGCCUUUCCACUGACCGAACCUGUUACGAUGACAGUUCAGGCACUUUAAGCUCAUCACGGUUAGCGAUCCUGCGGCCAUUAUACUCGCCUAGCAAGCGUUUCUCACCAUUCUCUUCCUGGAAUAUAUUUUCUUUGACAUUCUGUAUCUGAUCUCAGGUGGUAGGCAGCGUGAUCUUAAAGGCUAAGCAUCAUCAGAGGAACAAGGGUUGUGAGAUUGGCCCCAAGUGGUUUUAGAACAAUCCCUUGGGUUUUCUAAAGAGAUUACAAAGUGGCCAUUUUCAUUCAUUUUAAUCAUUUAACAGCGGUCACUAAUGUAUUCCUUGCACAAGUACACCGUUGCGUUGGGGCGUUUUCAUGUGUUUUGGUAAUGGAAUGCUGACAGUUGUUAUAAUCGUUCUUUUAAUGUAUAGCUUUCAUGUUUUAUACCGAACGAAAUAAACGUGAAAACACAACACACAAGAUGGAUAAGUGUCAUGGCUAAAGAGUGUUCGGGUUAUUCACUGAAUGAUCAAAUUCAAUCUAAAUUUCAAAUCAGUAAUUCUUGCAUGUUAAUAAUCCCUUAUAAAAUGCUAAUUUUAUCUUUAUCAAACACCAAAUUCCAAGAGGAUUUACUCUAAACAAAUCCAGUAGAAAAGAAAUUUGAAAAAAAAAAAUUCACAUUAAAAUUUGCCAGCUCUGCUCACAGAAGCAGAUCUUUAGUUUUCAAAUUCCCCUUAUUUUGAGUGAUAUCAAGUAUUCGGGGUAGGAGAGGAUCAGGGGGCAGGGAGGAGACUUGCUAUUAUUCUAAUUCUUUAUUUUUCGAUUGGGUAAGCAUUCAGUAAAGCUUUCAGUAAUCCAGUACCAUAGAGAGACUGGGUAUUAAACCUAAAUCAUUUCCUAAGGUUACGGAAUACAAUCAAUAACGAUAUCUCUCUCAAUGCGUAAAUCUCUAAAUAUCUCUAAAGCAUAAAUUUAUGCUGAGCCCAUACAGCUUGGCUCUUUCCUCUGCAAAAGUUAAUUACUUCAAUACCCUCAUAACCACACUCUCCCGCGAACCCAAACGACUAUUUGACACACUUAACUCUCUUCUUCACCCUGUUGUUCCUCCUCCACCUACUAACGUGACCGCCUCAGACUUUGCAACUCUCUUCACUGAUAAGAUCUCUACAAUCAGGGAAGAGAUCUCUCAUCUUUCUUCUUCCCCUUGCAUCUCAUCUGUACUCUGUCUUCUUCUCUUUCUCCACCUCUCACUAAAAUUCUCAAUCUCUCUCUCUCUCCUCUGGUAUAUUUCCAUUGCCCUUCAAACAUGCAACUGUAACCCCAAUACUAAAGUUUCUUUCUCUGGCUCUGCAUCUUCUCCCCAACUCCUCUCUGUUGGUGUCCCCCAAGGUUCAGUCCUUGGUCCCCUACUGUUCUCCAUCUAUACUGCCUCCCUUGGUAAACUCAUUGGCUCCUUUGGCUUCCAAUAUCAUUUCUAUGCAGAUGAUACGCAAAUCUACCUGUCCUCUCCUGAUCUCUCCCCGUCCCUCUUGACUAGUGUCUCUGACUGACUGCUUCUCUGCUAUUUCUAACUGGAUGUUUGCCCACUUCCUUAAACUAAACUUGACCAAAACUGAAAUUCUGGUCUUUCCUCCCUCAAGUGUUGUUACUCCUGUGUCUGUUUCCCUCCAAGUCAACGGUGCUACCAUCAGCUCCACCAUGCAGGCUAGCUGCCUAGGUGUUCUCUUUUGACUCCGACCUCUCCUUCACACCUCAUGUUCAGUCUAUCGUCAAAUCCUGUCAUUUCCAUCUCAAAAACAUUAAGCGCAUCCGCCCCAACUUAACGCCAGAUGGGCCUUGACUACUGUAAUCCACUUCUCGGUGGUCUUACGUGCUCCAAACUUGCGCCGUUACAGUCCAUAAUGAAUGCGGCAGCGAGGCUCAUCUUCCUGUCCACCCACACCUCCCAUGCCUCACCCUUCUGUCAGUCCCUACAUUGGCUUCCUAUAAAAUAUAGAGCUCAAUUUAAAAUUCUGGUUCUUGCUUUGAAAUCGCUUCAUAAUGCUGCUCCCUUAUACACAAGUAUGUCCCGUCUAGGCCCUUACGAUCUGCUGAAGACUUACGUCUAUCUUCUGUCCGUACUCCCACCUCUGAUGCUUGCCUUCAAGAUUUCUCGAGGGCUGCACCGUUCCUGUGGAACUCGCUUCCCUCCUCCUAUGAUGCUCACCCAGUCUCCACUCCUUCAAAAAAUCGUUAAAAACCCACUUCUUCAUAAAAGCAUAUCAAUUAAACUGUUAAUAGCUCCCGACUGAUUCCUCUUCUGCAACUGUCACUAGUCUAAUACUAUCCUUACCUUUUUGUGUCAUUUUACCCCACUCCUCUAGCAUGUAAGCUCAUUGAGCAGGGCCCUCAACCCCUCUGUUCCUGUGUCCAACUUGUCUGGUUACAACUACAUGUCUGUUCGUCCACCCAUUGUAAAGAGCUGCAGAAUUUGAUGGGGCUAUAUAAAUAACAUAAUAAUAAUAAUCCAUAUCUGACUUCUGCUAGUCUUUACACUUAAAGUAAAACAACAAAAAAAGAAAACUGAUACAGAAACCAGAAGAUGUAAACACCCCACCGCAACACACAUUCUAGGUUAUCCUACACCCGAGUGUUUCUAUUCCUCCCAUAUAGUCCAUGGUUUAGUCAAGGAUUUCUUUUUUUUUUUUAAUGUUUUUAUUAUUUGCGAAGAUUGUUUAAAUAUAACAUUGAGACUCGCAGGUCUCCACAAUUAUAGUAUGUAUACGGUUCGACAAUAUGCAUUGUGUACAGACAGAAGGGAUAUCUGAAUAGUUGCAGGUAAAGUGGCUCGCAGGCCCAGGUAUAAUUCGGACUCACAGGUCCUUAUUGGUGUUGCUGGGCAUGCAUUACCGUGCGGAUGUGAUGGAGUUUACUGGGUCAUAUAUCGUUACUAGUAUUGUAUUUAAUCAGAUAUUCACCUGUUUAUCUAUGCAUUGCGCUUCGGGUCGAAGUCUCUUCCUGAUCUAUUAAUGUGAGAAAUAGUUUCCGUGUGUCGACUAGCAGAUUGUGUGGGAGAUGCCCUAGUCUUUCUCGCUUAAUUGGUAGGCUAUGGGUGUCGUCGCUAAUCCUUAUGGCAGAGUCUGCGGUUCGCGUGGUUCCCUUGUCGUGUCCUUCAUGUUGCUGUUGCUGAUGUUGUUGAUUCUCGUGUGUAGCUUUCUAUACUGCAUUAUAGGUGUGUGCAUCAUUAAUAUCUUAAGGAGAGUAUGGCGUAGAUCUAAGUAAUGUUCAAUCGUAUGCUUUGUAUGUGUGUGUAUUUCCUUCCAUCUACUUUUUCGGUGAUGGUAUGUGCAGCAAGGCAUAUCUCGUGUUCUCUAUGGAUCGGAUAGCCUCCCACAUCACCUUUUAACUGGGUGCUUAUCCUUUUUCGGAGGUUAGCAUGUCCUAUGUCUGGUGGUGUGGCUCUCCGACCUCCACCCCUGGGCCCCAGGAUCUGUUAGUCUAAUGGGUGAGAGGAUAGGAGGGGUGUGAACAGGGUUUAGGUAUAAUGAGAGGGUGCAGGGAGUGAUCUGUAUUAAGCAGGGUUCGUGUCUGCUGUUGCCCCGUUAGUGGCUUCGGGAGCGUCCUCGUCUUGCCUGUAACGGGUUAUAUAUAGGAACCAUGGUAGCCACAUCUCUGUAUGUUUUGUUCCGCUUCCUGUCAGGGAGGCAUGUAUUUCUUCUGCUCCUUGGAUGUUUUCCACCACUUUUUUCCAGUGUGCCGGCAUGUUCACUUUGGCUGCAUUUAACAGGUGACGCAGUAUCGAAUUUAAAUUAUUAUUUUUUUGUACGACUGGAUAGAUUGCGUCGAGAUGUGCAGCAGGGCCAGUUCUGCAUUCCAGUCCGGUAUGUGUCCCAGGAUAUUGGUCACGGUGUCCUUAAUCAUUACCCAGUAUGGGACGAUGUCCCUGCAUUCCCACCAUAUAUGUAUCAAUGUGCCACGUUCUGCCUGGCAUCUCCAGCAUAUCGGGGUGAUCCAUGGGAAGAUCCGGUGUAACAGGGAUGUUGUUCUGUACCAUAGGGAGAGCAAUUUGUGGUUCACCUCCUGAUAAUAUGAACUCGUAAAGCUUUUCUGCUGCCAUAGCAAUGCCGUAUCCCAUUGUGAGGGUGUAAGUGUCUUUCCGAGCUGUCCUUCCCACUGGCGACGAAAGGUCUGGGUUGUAUCUCCUAUAACUAAGUGUUGAUAGUGCCGAGAUUGCGUGGUCUAAUGGGAAGCCUUCGUCACAGAGAUCCUCGAACCAGGUAAGUUCACUAUGCAGGCGGUCUUUAUGUGGCAUCGUUUCGUAAUAAUGUUUCAGUUGUAGGUAUCUGAGUAUCGUGAGGGGGUCCUUGGUUCUUCUCCCAGCAGUGAGGUUAGGUCCCGGAGCCUGCCCCCUUCUAGAGCUUUAUGAAUGGGGAUAUAUUUCCUUGUACUCGGAAUGGGCCAUGCCCCAGGGGGGGAGUACCCCUCCUAUGGCCCAGUUAUGUGUGAGCGGAAUCAUUAGGCUGGGUUUAGGCGAUACGUGGCUCUGGUCUCUGUGACCUCCAGCUAAGGAUCGUUUGUGGUAUUAACCCCUCGUUAUUGUUUUGGGUCACCAGUUCCCUGGCCCCGCCAUAUCUUCAUUUCGAGCGUUGGUCCGAUGAGACCUUUGUCAGGCUCUACCCAUUGUUUCGUCGUAGGUUCCAAGUGCCAGUCCAGUAUAUGUUGCAUUACCGUAGCUUGGUGAUAUUUCUUAAGAUCCGGUAGUGCUAGUCCCCCGUGGUUCCUUGGUUGGCAAAGGAUGUCGUGUCGGAUUCUGGAACGUUCGCCAUGCCAAACAAAUUUAAUUAUCGACAUUUUUAAGGAGGAGAAGAUCCCUGGUAUAGCUAGUGGAAUAGUCUGCAUGUGGUAUAGGAUUCUCGGUAGUAUAUUCAUUUUGAGCACCGCCACUCUUCCGUGCCAGGUUACGCGUGGGUACGACCGUCUAGUCAGGUCAGCGAGGAUUGUCUUUAGAAGAGGUGUGAAGUUGAAUCGGUAUAUAUCUUCUGAGUCUGUGGCCACCCAUAUGCCCAGGUACUUCAUCUUGCCAUAGCACCAGCGGAAUGUGAAUUGCGAUUCUAGGGAUAUGUAUUCUUCUGUAGGGAUUGUGAUGUUCAAGACUUCGCAUUUUGAGAGAUUAAGCUUGAACCCCGAUAUCUUUCCGAAUUUAUCUAAUUCUGAGAGGAGACACGGCAGUGUGGUUCUGGGGUUCUGUAUGAAAAAAAGGAGGUCGUCCGCGUAUGCGGCCACUUUGAUGUGUUUCUUGCCAGUUGUACCCUUGAAUAUUUGGGUUUAGGCGAAUUGCCUGUAGUAGUGGUUCCAAGGACAUUGCGAACAGCAGCGGUGAGAGUGGCCAUCCCUAUCGGGUGCCAUUGCUGAUAGCAAAAUCAGCUGUCAUGGCCCUGUUGACUCUCACAGUCGCGCGUGGUUUGCUAUAUAAGGCUGAUAUCCAUGCGAGGAGCCUCUGCCCGCAUCCCAUCUGUUGCAAGGUCGCCAUCAUGUACGCCCAGUCGACUCUAUCAAAUGCUAGAAUGUAAUAGUCGGGUCUUUGUCUUCCUUGUGUGUUGUUGAAUUGAGAAGAGUCGUAAUGUGCUAUCCCUGGCCUCCCUACCCGGGAUGAAGUCCGUCUGGUCUACUUGUAUCAGUUCUGGGAGGAGGUGGUUGAGCCUAUUCGCUAUAACUUUCAGGAAUAAUUUGGCAUCUACGUUUAGCAACGAGAUGGGACGAUAGCUGCUGCAUGACAGUGGGUCCUUUCCCCAUUUAAGCAAGACUUUAAUGGUCGCAGCCAGGAAUUCUGCGCCUAGGCUCUCUCCGUCUCCCACAGCGUUGUUCGCUUUGGUUAGCCAUGGCAGCUUUGGUUAGGCUUGAGAAGCUCUUAUAAUAUCCAGUCGAGAAGCUGUCUGGACCCGGUGCAUUGCCCGAUUUGGUCACUUUGAGUGCCGCCGCCAGCUCUUCUGUGCUGAUCGGUGCGUCGAGUGUUGACGCUGAUUCUUGACUAAUCAUGUUGGUGAUAGUGUUGGACAAGUAGUCCCUUAUGUUUGUGGUGUUGCUUACGUCUCGGGCUAUCCCCGAAGGCGGGUGUAGAUUGUAAAGGGUCUGGUAGAAGGUCCUGAACUCUUCGGCGAUCUUCUGUGGAAAGGGGGUCACUUCCCCCGAGGCAAGGCGCAGUUUGCGUAUUUGUCUACGGGGCAUGGGACCCUUUAGUAGCCUUGCUAAGUAUUUCCCCCCUUUAUUAGCGUGGGCAUAGUAAAAGUCCUUUGUGCGCUGCAGGUUUCGGAGAUGCUUUUUUAUGAUGUGUUCUUUAAGUUUUCUUCUGUGUUCCAUCAGUUCCCCGUAGACUCCAUUUAAUUGGGACCUUUUGUGCUGGCUUUCCAGUGUUGAUAUCUUUUGGUACAGGUCAGUCAUCUCAACCACAUUUGCUUUUCGUGUUUGCGAUGCAAUGCGAAUAAGUAUGCCGCAGAUAAUGCUCUUAUGAGCUUCCCAUACGGUUAUCAGAGAUGCCUCCGGUAGGCCAUUUUCUCUAAAAUAGUGUUCUAGCUCUUGGUUUAUCUGUUCUUUAGUGCCUGGGUCCAAUAGGAGUGCCUCGUUAAGUCUCCAGGUCCAAGUUGAUGGGCGGAACAUGGGGGACUCCAGUUUCAUCCUGACCGAGCCAUGAUCCGACCACGUAGCUGGGUCGAUGUCGGCUCUAAGUAGGCGGGCAAGUCCCUCUUGUGUAAUGAAGAGGUAAUCUAUGCAUGAAUAGCGAUUGUGAAGGGUGGAAUAAUAGAUAUAGUCUUCCACCGAUGGAUUGAGCGUUCUCCAACAGUCAACCAACCUCAGGUCUUCCAGCGAUCGACGGAUAGAACUUAUGCUACCCUGUGGAAUACAGCUAUGUCCCGAUGAGUCUAGCACUGGGUCCAAGGGUACAUUGAAGUCCCCCCCCACAAUCAGUAUUCCAUCCGUGAAGUCCUCCAGUAUGUGCAGUGCAUUUUGGAGGAAGGGGGCUUGUCUUCGGUUGGGGACAUAGAUGUUUGCCAAAGUGUAUAUCCUGUCUGCUAUGACGCCUUUUAAGAAGAGGUACCGUCCUUGUGAAUCUUGUGCUCGCUCUAUUUCUUUGAAUUCAAGCUCGGCCGCUAGUAUUAUGGCUGUCCCUGAUUUUUGAGCCGUCGAAUGGUUGGAGAAAUAAUUGUUUGGGUAAUGCCUGUUUUGUAGUUUAGGUGCCGCGCCUUCCUUGAAGUGGGUUUCCUGGAUCAUGGCCACUGCUAUGUGCUUUUUCUUCAAUUCCCUCAGCAGGUGGGUCCUGCGUUCAGGUAUAUUGAGGCCCCUGCAGUUCUGGGUGAGGACCCUCAGGGGCGUAUUUUCGGGAAGGCUAUUCUCAUGGUGUGUUCUUUCUUAGUUCCGUGUUGUAUCCAAGAUCCUGUUAGUCCCUUUGGGGUACCUGUCAGGGCACGCGCCCCCGACACAGAUCAGCUUGGAAAAGGUGGAGUGGGGAGGGGGGAGAAGGACGAGAGGGAUGGAAAAGUAGCGUUUAAGGUUUCAUAGACAGUCCAGGGCCCAGGUUCCUGGGGAGUGGGGUCAGCCGAGGUCUGUUGUAGUUAAAAGGAGCAGUGUGCCCGGGUUGUGGGUGUCCUCCCUGGUGUCGGGCUAAUCCCGAAAUUUAGCCCCCCUGUAGGGAGAUGGGGUGGGGGGGGGGUUCUCGUGCUGCAACCAGCACUAUUAGGGUAUUGCGCCGGUUCCUGCCCAGGAGUCAAGAGUGUCUACAGCCUGGCUGCACUGCUCUUAGCACAAGUGUGUGUUUUGGGAAGCGCGAGUCAGGCUCCGCCAAAGGAUAUGGUCAACUCAUCUGUCCGCCCCACCCGACCCCCUGUAGCUAGUGUCAGGCUAUCAGCUUUUCCCUACGUAGAGGGUGCGCCAUAGCGUCUCAAUUGUAUGUCUCGAUAACAUUGCCAGUACAUCAGAUAGCGUUAAUGUUUCCCGCCCCAGUAUCCCCUGUCUCCCCCAUGUACCCCCUAGACGGUGAGCCCUCUCUCUGUUUCCAACACGGCCCUGCCGAUCAUCCCCCGGCCUAAAUGCUUAAUUUUCAGCAGUGGGGUGUACUAAGGGGUUAUAUUCACAUCGUAGUUAUAUAUUGCAGUGACAUUAUCAAAACAUAUUUCAGUAUAGCGUUUUCUGUUACCUUUGGCAUUCCUCAUCCAUCCUUCCAAUGGUGAGCGUCUGCCCAUUUCCAUGGUAUUCCUGUCGAGUAUCGCUCGGUCUCAAUGUUUAACUAUUAGUGAUAACUCAUACUAAAGGAGUGUGUUCAUAUCCUAGUUAUAUAGUGCAUUUAACAAUUACAAAACAAAUUUCAACGUUGAGUUUUCAGUAUCCCCUGGUAUCCCCCAUCCAACCCUCUGACUACCAGCAUCUGCUCAUUUCCAACAUAUUCCCGCUGAGUACCCCCUUGUUACUCAGGUCGUGUGUGUGCCGGGUUCCCCCCGGGCCCUGGGUUGCAGUGUCUUCCGGUCUAGUAGCUUCUGUCCCCCUGUUUGUCACUCAGGUGUCCCUCUAUGUAGGUCUGUGAGUUCCCUCCUGAUCAGUGGUGCAAUACCUGGCAUGGUUUCCAGUUGGCUGUGAGGGUGUGGAGUUAAUGUCUCCCUCCUCGAGAUUCCCACCCGUGUCCCCCCAAAAAAGGGGGGGUGUCCCACGUUUAGCGGUGAUAGUCGCGCCUCUGUGGUGGGAGGUCGUAUGUGGUGAGAUGCGUCGUCCUAUUUCCCUUACCUCUCAUUCACCCCCCUACAAAAUAUAGCCUAUAGCUUUCCCGUGUGCCUCCUCCCCCUCUGCGGCAUGGAUCCUGCAUGUAUAGGUAUACGCUUGUAAACACCGGUGACAAAAUCAUGAAAUAUCCACGUGACAGUGUCUUGAAUGCAGAUCGGGACUCAGUUUGUCGUAGUGCUCGACCAUGCCCUCACCCAGUUAGCCCCCUCCCCAAACAGGUGGACCCAGGCCUCUGUGGAGAAGUGUCCCUUGGAGUGCUAAUUUAGGGGGGGCAGAUGGGCAGUCAUGAUGGCUGUAACCCAGCGGGUGUGUGCCCGCGGUCCCAUGUCCCCCUCCACCCCCCACCCAAGAUCCCCCGAGUGGUGACCCAGCGUACCUGAGGUGUUCCAAUCAUCGGGGGUUGGUGCAGUUCACAGUUGCCCAGCCACUUCAAGGAGUCUCCAGCAGCUCUCGUUAUAGGGUCUAAUUUUGGAGGCAGCAUGGGUCAGGUUUCUGGGGUACUGAUGUCAUCUCGGGUGGGUAGGUACUCACUCCUCCAGGGAUGUCGGGUUCCUGCGCCGUCUGGCAGGCUGAGCGGAGGGGGAUCGUGCUUCUCGCCGCCUGGGUCCUCUCUGUGUUCUCUGCGGAGGGGGCGAUGGUCCCAGGAUCCAGUUGGGGACGACCUGUGUCGGAAGGCCCAGUUCCUCCAUGAACCUUGGUACUUCUUCAGGCCAGCGUAUUGAGAUCCAGCCAUUGCGGUGUCUGGCCAUCAGGGCUAAUGGGAACCCCCAUUUGUAUGUUAUAUUGCGUUCCCUUAAUGCGGUCGUCACUGGACGGAGAGCCCGCUGGGCCUCCAAUGUGAUGGGGGACAGGUCGUUGUACAGUGCCACUUGAGUGCCUCUGUAGGGCCAUGUUGGUCUUUCCCGGGCCUUCUUCAUAAUGGCAUAUUUAAUUGGGAAGGAGUGUAGGCAGCAUAUGAGAUCUCUCUGCCCUUCUUCCAGAGUUCUGGGCCGCGUUCUGUGUGCCCUCUCGAACUCCAUGUGAUGUGGUAAGGUCGGCUGUAGAAGGGUUUGGAAGAGUUCGGUAAGUAUCUCUUCGACAUUUUCUGCUCCCUCAGCCUCCGGCACUCCGCGGAUGCAGAUAUUGCACCUCUGGCCUCUGUUAUCCACCUCCUCGAGGUGCCGUCUCGUCGACAGUAGCAUCGUGCCUUGGCGCGCUAUCUCUGCGUCCAUAGAUGCAGUGCGCACUGUGAGGGCCUCAGACACCUCUUCCGCCGCUGUGAUGCGGCCUGCAUGUGAUGCGACCUACGAUCGGAUCCCCGCCAUUUCUGCUCUUAGAGUGUCUUGAAUGGUGGUGGUAAGUGUCCUGAGGUCAUCUUUUGUGGCCAUGGAGGCAGUCAGGCUCCGCAGCCUAUCCUCAAUUCUUUCGAGGGUUGUGCCAUCCGACCCUGACUGAGAUGUCGGCGCCAUUUUGGGGCUUCCCAGCUUUCCGCUGGUGCCCGGUUGUGGUUGUAGAAACCCGUCCAGGGGGCCCUGUUGGAGGCUCCUUGGGGUCUGGGGCUGCUCUGGUCAUUUAUUGCGACCUAUUUAGCUGAGUUUACUGCGUAUUAUAAGCUGUCUCAGGGUCCGGUGGUGCGGAGCUCUCCCUCUACACGGCCAUCUCAGUUAGAGCCGGAACCACGCCCCUAGUCAAGGAUUUCAUUGAAUUGUGGAACAAAGUCGUUAAUUUGUCCAUCAGAAAGUUAUAGUCUAUCCUACUCUUAACCUCUGACAUAAUCAAGACUUGUAUAUUCAUCCAACACGCCGCCAGUGUGAUUUUAUUCACCAAUUUUUGGGAAUGUUCAGGUAGAUUGUCGGUGGUCUUGGACAAGCGGAAAGCCCAAGAAUCCAAGUCAAAGGGCCCAUAAAUACCUGAGAUCAUGAUUUGAUGUUUACUCAGUAACUACGUACCCAUGGACAAUUCCACAACAUAUCUAUAGGUGUUCCCUGUGACCCAACUGUCGCCAGCCAUAAAUCUGUUGGAGUUUUCCCUAUAAGGUAGAGUAAUAGAAUUGGUUUACAAACAACAUAUUAAUCUCAGAGAAGUGAGAAUUCGUAAUCUUGAAAAGUAGACCUUGUGAAAGUCCAUGCAAAUUGUCAUGAAGCCCAACUGAGUAGACUAGGAAAAAGAGCUGAAAUCCCUGAACUUAAUGGCUUGUGGAAUCAGGAGCACCUAUAACGCCUGCGAGACUGGAGGAUGAUUUUUAAUAAAUAAUUUUAUCCAUUCUUACCUCUCUGCUUGUGCUGCUGGUGAUAUGAUGCCCUCUGCUGCAUGACACUAUAUUGCACUCUCUGCAGCAAUUCUAGUCAUUCUCUCUCCCUAUUUCUUUUUCCUGUAUUUGUAAUUUUUGUACCCCAAAGUUUCCUCACCCGGAGUCCUGUAUCCUCUCAGUCCAUCAUUUAUCGUUUCCCGUCUUGUCAUGCUCUGCAUGGCACUUGAUUUCUGAGUCCUGAAUAAAUUCAUAGCUUUGUUAUGAUUUACUUUUAGUCCCAUCUGUGGAAGAGACUCCAUUAGUGGAUUGUGUCACCUCCCGACCCACACAUCACGUCCCAUCCCCUUGUUACAAUAAUGAAUCAGUGUCUUUUCUUUCUCCAGAGAAUUAACGGAGAGAGCUGGGUGGCAGAGCAUGCAAUCUAUUAACUGCCCCCUUAGCCCCCAGACACUGCUGCAUUAGUGGGAUUAUGAAUUUAUUAAUUAGAUUGUCACACAUUCCCAGAGAGACUCUCAUGACAUUUAUCACCUGAAUCCCUUUAUCACUGGCCAACUUAUACAUCUCGGUGUCCUGCACUCUGCAACAGCUUAAUGAAUGGCUGAAACUGUGGCACACGUUACCUAACAUUAAUUAACGGUUUCAGUACUAGCCAUAGUGUAUGGCAACGUAAGCUGCUCUGAUUCUUCAAGGAUACGUCUGUUUGUCUCUGUAUUACUCUUGCUGCUAAAAAUGUAUUAUAGAUUUUUUUUUUUUUGUAAAAAGUUGCGUUUUAAACAUGCUUAGUCUAUAUGUAUUGUAAGGCAAAAGCUUGACUCUUUUACUGUGGUUUUAAAAACACGUUUUGCAAUUUUAAACAUGCUUAAACUUGUUUGACUUUUUAAAGAUCAGGCAUACUAUUUUGAUUAAAAAGUCAUUUUCAUUUUGAUCGGUAGACUGGAAGGUCAGUUUAGGUAAAUGUAGGGGGGAAAAAUGGUGGGGCAGAUCCGACUGCCGAACAGCAUGGAUGUGUGCUAGUUGAGCUCCUCCAAAUCGAAAAGCAAAUCCUUUGCCGUUGGGCACUACAAUCUACUGUGACACCGAAAACGCACUACUGCUGGACAUCAACCCACAGGCAAGACCCCUGCAGGGAAAUCCGGGGCCUUGACUAAAUACUUUAGGGAUACGGCGGAGCAAACAAUACGAUCUGGUAGGCCCCAAUAUGGCGCCGGACUCCGCUCCUCACCAUCGAGCCCCUCAGGAUCCGACAUCAGAGAGAUGCUUCAAGCGCUACCCUCCAAGCAGGACCUAGCCCACAUGUUGAACAAACUGGAGGCCUUAUUCCAGACCAAACUGGACACAAUAGGGGCUGACUUCCAACACUCCAUACAAAGAAUAUGCUCCCUAGAGGAUGACAGGGACAUGAGGCAGACCCAACUGAAAGUCCUGCAAGAAAAUAUGGAAGCACAAAAUGAACACUUCUCAUAUAUGCAACGCUCUCUAGACGAUCUUCAUAAUAGAGGGAGGCAUAACAAUCUAAGAGUGAAAGGCCUUCCCAAAAACGACCAUGAAAAUCUCGCAGUCAUAUUACAGGAGCUCUUCAAUUUAAUACUAGGCCGACCCACACAUACUGGGUUGACAGGGCCCUCAGAGCCCUACAACCAUGAGGCAACUCUUCCGACUUACCCCAGGAUGUGGUUUGGAGACUGCAUUAUGAUGAAUGUAAAAAUAGCGUGCUCAAGGCACUGCGAGAGUCCCAACAACCUCUCCUGUUCGACGCUGCGCCCAUAGCAGUGUACCCAGAUCUGUCCUGGCUGACACUACAAGCCCUCAGUACUCUGAAGCCAAUCACCGACCAGCUCCGCACACGAAACAUGAGAUACCGCUGAGACUUCCCCUUCUCACUCACAGCAACGCACAAGGGAAACACGCGCACCAUCGCAUCAGUCAACCAUGCACCUGCAUUCUUGCCGGAGUUCGACCUUCUUGACAUCCAGAUCUAAGAUUGGUAUGGCGGGAUCCCAGCUCCAAAUAUACCAAGACUGACGCAACAAAACCGCUGGUUACAAACCCCUAAGAAGAGGAGAAUGGAACCGGCAGCGACCGUUAUGGUCCAGCGGUGUUGGGAAAUCAAGUAGCCGAUUUCGGUUCCAGGCACUCGACGACCAAACACCGCUGAACUCUAACAAAGCAAAGAUGGCCGCCGCCACGUGUUCGGUACAUGAACGGCGGCCACACACAGAACGCUCGUUAACGGAUGGAUACAAUGUUUCGGUUUUACUAACAAGGGGCACGCAACCUUCUGGGGGCGUCUCCCAUUCGGUCUUUUGUUCAUUUCAUGAACAGGGUAGUAAUCCACUGUUCGUGAAACUUGAAACAGCGUGUUAGCGGUAUCCGUGUGUAACACACAAAUGCAUAGGAACAUUAGGUGAAAUCUUUACAUACAGAUAAAUUUAACAGGGGUUAAGUUUCUCACGAAUAGAGACAAUGGAAACAGCCAUCAGGCAUAUAUAUAGCCCUACUAUACCCCCACCCUUCUUCCCGUCCAACCCCCUCCCAAAAAAAGAGAAAAAGUAGAGCUAAAUAUUUCCUCUUGCAUUUUGUAUGGGGUGAAGCGCUGCUUAACAUUUAAUACAUACAAUAGGUGGAUCACACAUCUGAUGUCUCUAAAAAAAGACAAAAUAAUAUAGUACAGUAUUGCCAGUACACACAAUGUAUAGAUGUGUAGGGUAUCAAGUACUCACAAGCCUGGAGCCAAAUAAUAGCAUAUGGCUCUCUGGGUAGUGCAGAGGGUCUCUUAAUAGGAUGUCCCCAUCCUUCUUCCAGUUGUUCUUGUAUGAUCUUUAGGACUUCUGGAGUAAAGGCAAAUUGGACUGCUCAAUUCCCAAAAAGAUACUUUAUUGAAUGGAGUAAAAUCAAUGAAAUGCACUAUGUGCAAUAAAAUAAAUAAAAUAAUAAGUAAUUGGAAAAAGUUAACUUGAGUCUAUUUAGUCCAAUAUAGGUUCUGCCUGGUGGCUGAUGGAUCCGGAAUGCAACUGGUGGGGGCUUACUGUAGCCAGGGCCAGAUUAACAUAGGGGCUGAUGGAGCUGCAGCUCCAGGCCCAUGCCCAUGGAAUAGGUACUGUAACGGACCGUUUUGCACUCAAGGGGUAAAAACCGUUUAGGCGAUCGUCCCCCUUUCCAGAGAUGCAGGCACAGCUAUUGUAGAACACCAAACACACGAACCGCCAAUAAGUGAAUGCUCCAAACUCCCGAACGGCAUCCAAUAUAGCACUCCAUACACACGAACAGGAACCAUACGAAUCGCUGCUAGCAGACGAAUAGGAAAAGCAUCCAAGCGGCUUACACUCCUAGCAAUCAGUCUCUAUCGGCAUUCAGUAAAUCCCCCCAAAGACGAGACAAGGCUCCGUGUUGAGGGUCAAGCAGUGGUCUGUUUAAUGAGGGCUACCUGCCCAGUAUUUAUGCAGGUCUCCCACCUGUUGGACACUCCCCUAGGGGACCAAAUGGGAGACUGUGACAAAAGACAGACAAGCAGACAAAUAGGACACACAGUCACAGUAUAUUCCCACAAUGCAUCCUGGCUUCCUCCCCUCUGCCCUGGGAGAUAAUUGAGAAGUAAUUCAAUUAUCUCCCAAGACAAAGGCAAAUCGCCAUUAUGCACGUGGGGAUACUAAAAUAUGAAUUACUAUUAAAAUACACCAUGUAAGACACAUUACAUUAAAACUAUACAUUUAACAUAUCCCCAGAUAGCUCAGGUCUGAGCGCACAUUAUUAAGCGAAUGGCGCUCAGACCACAUGAAUACAGUUCGAUCGCCAUGGAGCCAAAGUCUUUACACAGUCAGUUUCAUGCGAAUGGGUUCCAUGGGAUUCCUAUCUGGGGUAUUACAUAGACAAGUAAAACUACUGAACACCGGCCGUUCUUGUACUUCUACCGAACAAGAAGGGAGGCCGGCGGCUUCAGCGGUGUUCGCGCAAAACUGUGUCCGAUUUUAGUUCCAUGAAUUAAGCGUCGAACACCGCUGUGCAUUCGCAUGGUUAAAAUGGCCGCGACCUCGUGUUCAGGAUACGAAUGGCAGCUACCCAGUAUUCGUCAAUUUAAGCCGCGGUUAACUGCAGCUUCAGGGAGGCUAAUUGCCGGCACACUCCAGCUCCCAGGUGGUCUAUUCAUUCGUGCGGUUGUUCGGUAGAUUGAAUCCACAGAACAACCGGCAGAAAAGCACAAAUAAAGCUUUUCUGCAGGCGAAACAAAGUCUUUUAACAUGGGGCCAUAGUCCAAAGGCAGCAGGCAGGCAACCAGGCUUCUCCAAUGCAAUGUGGCGAGACUGGUCUUGUCACAGGUACAUUGAUUGAAAAAAAAUCUACCUUAGGGUUGCCACCUGGCCAGUAUUUCUCUGGUAUUUGAGGCUACCUAGCCGGUGCCGGUAUUGCAGUAAUACUGGCAAUACAAAUGUCAGUCUCAGUAUAAACAGAUUAUUCUGAAAUACCAGCGCUGGCCAGUAGGGGUCACUGUGUGUGUGGAGAGAGGCAGGGAUAAGAAGUUACAGCAUCUCCAUCCCUGCCUCUCUCUAAUCACUGAUCCAUAGGGGGAGCAGCUCUGCAUAGAAAGUCCAGACAGCAGAGACAGCCUACAGCUCAGGUAAGAGAGGGGUGGGGGGGAAAGGCUGCAGGGAGACAUGGGGACACAGACACCAGGGGACACUGAGACACUAGGGGAAACUGUGAGACAUGGGGACGGUGAGAGACUUGGGCACACUGAGACAUUGGGAGACUGCUUAACAUGGGGACACUAGGGACACAGUGGCCCCUAGUGACUGUCCCUGGUGUCUGUGUCCCUAGUCUCCCAGAGUCAUGGGGACACUGGGAGAAAUGGGGACACAAACACAUGGGGACACAGACACUGACUGGGGGACAAGGGGCACUCCCAGUGUCCCCAUGUCUCCCAGUCAGUGUCCCUAGUAUCUCUGUGUUUCCUAGUCUCCCGAAGUCCCCUUGUCUCUCAGUGUCUGUGUCCCCUAGUAUAAAAGAAAAAAUCUCAGGCACUCACUGUGAUAGAUUUAAGCAGGUUUAUUGGACACUGCAACAUUUUGGCCUGUACCCAGGUCUUUAUCAAGUCUCCAGUGUCCCCUAUGUAUCAGUGUCUCAGUGCCCCAUGUCUCCCAGUGUUUACUCGUGUCUGUCACCCAGUGUCCCUUUGUGUCUGUCACCCAGUGUCCCCAAGUGUCUGUGUCCCCAGGUCUCCCUGUGUUACCUAGUAUCUCAGUGUCCCCAUGUCUCCCAGUGUCCAAAUGUCUGUGUCCCCUAGUGACAUGGGGACACUGGGAGAAAUGGGGACACAGACACUAAGGGACUGGGAGACAUGGGGACACAUACAUGCCCCCUUUUUGGGUAUGUUCGCCCCUUUCAGCAGUUCUAGUUACGUGAUUUGCACCAGUGGCCCACCCUUUUACCCCAUCUAUAGACUUCCUGCUUUACUGGACACUGCUGUUAGAGGGCAUGGAUUUACGUGAAACAUGAAAGUGUGAGAUAAACAUUGGGUAUGUUUUUUUUUUUUGUUUUUUUUUCUCAUAGCUGCAUCCUAUGAGUUUCCCUCCAGCACCAUCUCCAUCAGAUACAUGGCGCUUAGGAGGUAGGACUGUUUUAGUGUUUUUGGUCGAUAAGAUUUUGUAAUGUGAGGACCUCCAGCGUCGCUAAAAUCCCCAUAGGAAAGCAUUGAAAGGUUUCCUAUGGGGAGGGCUAAUGCUGCCGCUCACGCGCAUUAGGUCUCCCCCGCCAGUGGCCGCACAUGCGCAGUCGGUCUCCCCCGUCGGCGGGGGAGGCGUGUGGGCGGACCCUGGUAAGGCUGGACUUUGGUAAGUCACUGAAGGGGUAUUCACCCCUUCAGCAACCUGGGAUGGUGGAUGGGAGGGAGAGGGGACCUGCAGUGCCAGGAAAACGGAUUGUUUUACUUGCACUGGAGAGUCCCUUUAAGAGCUUGAAGCCAGGAUUGGCUUAGGUUUUUAGAAUUUGAACAAAGCACAUUGGAAAGUGAGCCGGAAUUUUUCUUUUCUUUCCAGCAAAGCUACACAGAGAUUUAUUUUCCUCAAAAUAAAAUUGAAUCAUUUUUUAAAAAUAUAUUUAUUUAUUGGAGCACAGGGUCCUGGGACAUUAUGAAGUCCACAUAUUGCUUUUAUUUCUAUUUCUAUGACUGUAUCCUACUUCUAUGUGAGAGUUAUCGUAUUAUUAUAGUGCUCUUCUUUCUCGUUAAUCCUAAAAUAAUUGGCCUUUACUCACAAUUCCCCUAAUAUAACUGCCUUGUACUUGCCAAGUGCCCUUAAAGGAUUGUCCAUUUAUAUCUUAAUUGCCCUAUUAUUCUUAACCUAAAAUGAUUGCCCCUAUAUGUCUUAAUUGCCCUAAAGAUUUUCCUUGCACUUAUUGAUCGCCCUGUACUUCGUGACCUGUUCAUGUCUUGAAGACAAUAGGCUAAUUCCUGAUCAGUCGGAUUCUCCCCCCCCCUCCGCCGCCCCCCCUCACCAGGGAAUAAGGGACUGGGUAUUUGUUGAGUACUUUCCAUUCUCUGAUCUGAUUUCCCUGAUGAUCCCAUACCAGCUCCCCCCUCCCCAGGUCUCCCGAUCAUUGCUAAUGAAAUUCCGCGGCUUUUGCAAGCCUUUGUUAAAAUGCUCACAUUUGCCCAGUUUGCACGUAAUUUCUGUCAUUGGUGUUGGAGCAACCCAGACAUAUUUCAGAUGUAAGAACCAGACUGUAAUUAAUGGUGACAUCCAUUUUAUUAAAGGUGGCGCAGGGCAUUCUGUGCUCACUAGCGAUUUCGGACAUGGCGCUCUGUGAUGCAGGGUUUUUUUAUAUUAUAAUAUAUUUUUUGGAUGAUUUUGAUAUUCCCAGAAUAUAACGAACAUUGAUGGUGUUUUAGGAAUAUCCGUAUUUAAGACAGAAUAUGUUACCCUUAAUCUUCGCUAUUUCACUAGAGCCACUCCUACAGGCCAUACGCAACCAUCCGGACAUCCAAGGCAUCCAAAUCAGACAAGAGAAAUACGCGGUGGCGGCGUACGCGGACAAUGUCCUUUUAACCCUUGCGGACCCGAUACCAUCCCUACAUGCCACGCUAGAAGUGAUAGCCGAAUACUCUAGCUUCUCCGGGUAUAAAAUCAAUCAGACGAAAUCCGUCCUCAUACCCAUAGCGAUGGGCCCACGACAAAUCCAGCUCCUACGAAACUCGUUCCCCUUCCAAAUCUCCACGUCUCACCUCACAUACCUGGGCACCCAACUGUCUCCUAACUUAGAAGACACCUACGACCUCAACUACAGACCACUUUUAAAAACAGCCCACCAGGACCUCCAACGCUGGGACAAGAUGGGGAUCUCUUGGCUAGGCAGAGUCACAACCAUCAAAAUGAAUUUAUUACCACGCUUCCUGUAUCUCUUCCAAACACUACCCAUCCCCAUACAGAAGAAAGACUUUAAAGACCUUCAGACCGCCAUCGACAAAUUUAUAUGGAGGGGCAAACGACCACGCAUUCGCAGAUCAACCAUGUACGUCCCCAAAACCAGCGGGGGCCUCGGACUACCCAACUUCCAACAAUACUACAAUGCGGCACAAUUGGCCCAUGUUCAACACUGGCACGCUCCCCCGAGCACCAAAAGAUGGGUGGAUCUGGAGCACGACGUCAUGGGUUGGGACCUACCAUCAUCAUAUAUGUGGGUACCCCCCGUACAUCGGCCACUCCCACCACCCACCUCCCCGGCAAUUACUCACACGCUAGAGCUGUGGGACAAAUUGAACCCCAAGUACGAACUGUCCUCCUUCAUCUCCCCGGUAACACCUAUUUACCGCAACAAACUAUUCCCACCAGGGAUGGUGGCAAAACAUUUCCGCGCAUUUGACCAAAGGGACAUUUCCAGACUCCUUCACCUAUAUCACCAAGGAGAAAUCAUAGACUACAAAGACUUACCGGACAGCGAAACACUUACAACUGCAGACCACUUUCGAUACAUCCAGCUGAGAGAUCUAGCCAGACAGCCAAUGAUUAAACAAGCGGGGACCUCACCCCCGACACCAUUUGAGAAAAGGUGCUUUGACGCGCCCUUACACCCAGGACAAAUCUCCAGCCUGUACUCAACCCUGACAACGCAUACCUCACACAUUAACCUCACCUACAUCGCCGCAUGGGAACGGGACCUAGGCCCGCCGGAGGAAUCGAGUGACUGGGCGGAAAUUUGGGAGGCAACAAACUCCUUGACAGUAUGCGUCACCCACAAGGAACAGGCAUACAAAACGCUGUUCCGGUGGUACUUGACACCACACAGACUCCACAAAAUGGGCCAAAAACCCGACACCCAAUGCUGGAAGCUGUGUGGCGAAACUGGCUCAUACAUACACUGCUGGUGGACAUGCCCAAAAAUUAAACCGCUCUGGUCGGCAAUCUGUAGUCUCAUAGAACAGAUCCUCAAUAAACCCUAUCUGGCGCAGCCGUGGACGAUACUACUCAAUAAACCUCUGGGCUCCCUCACCAGAAGCGAGAACAAGCUAGCGGCUAGGAUAACGCUGGCGGCCAGGAGAGCGAUCGCAGAACGGUGGGCCGACCACCGAAUUCCUGCACUCUCAACCAUCAUCAACAAGAUCAUAGAAACCCGAGAUCUGGACGAGUUAACCGCGCAGAUACACGACGCUUACAAAGCGUUUCAUAGAACCUGGGACCCCUGGGACAUGAAUUACCCGACGCUGGGCAACAUUGAAGUGACAUAAAGGCCCCACUGGAUAGGCGACCCCACCAGCCCUACUACCAGGCAAAUGCCACGGCGCAACCAUUCCGCACACGCCGGACCCUACACAGGAUGCUGGCAUCACCCUACACCCCCAACCCCACCAACCCAUCACCCCCCGCAUCCACUUCCCCCACGGGGGGCCCCGACGGGCGGGAGGCCGGGGGGAGACAACACCCAUGACCCUACCACAGGAUUCCCCCGAUAGGAGAGGAGGAGGAGCCCCUGGAGAGGAAGGGGCACCCCGGGAACUGCACCUUAGCAGUCCCUGACCCCGACGGAAGGACCAUAGUCAUCCUUCGGGCCGACACGGACCGAAGGGGUGAUCCCCACCCAAGACAAUCACCCGCCCUGAGCCCCAGCACCAGACCGAUAGGGCCCCAACACGGCACAGCCCCAUAGCUCCAACCACCACGAUAGACACGGCACUGGUUCGCCAAGGCCAGACAACAGGAUCAGAGGCGGGACCUCUCACCGCAUAACGAUGGGACAAACCCGUAGACACUAGACCAUCACCCCAGGCCCCCCCCCCCGACUGACCAACUGAAACCCAACACGAGCAGAGAGGGAGCUAACAGUGAGAAUACCCACUCUCCCCCACCUACGAAAUGCAAAAGGCGGGCAGCACAGCUCACCGAACGCACCCACAUUACUCACUAGCCUCAGCCCCCCCCUUUUUUUUUCUUCUCUUCUCUCUCCCUUUUUCCCUCUCCCCGGCCCUUUCUCACCUCCUUUCUCUCCUACGGUACUCCCUCUCCCUUCCAUCCCAACAGAAAAAGGAAGAGAUAACGCUAAAAACCCACAGGUACAGCUAGACCCCAGUUCACCCCCACCCGGUAAAAACGGACAAUGUACAAAAUCAUCCAGUUUGGACAUGGAAAAGACUAAGAACUGCACGUGUUCAGCAGCUAUCAACAGCAAAACUAUUUUGAACGACACGACAGCACUAAGAAACCUGACAUCAUCGGUGUACCACCAUGUCCAAAACCUGUAUGUGACACUAUCCAUGUUCCUUUGAAAAUAAAGAAUUUAUUUAAAAAAAACAAUUGAAAGUAGGAAUACCAGUGACGUGCUACGGCCAUGACUCAAGAAAGGUAGCUAAGGGCAUGCACCUUAGAGCUGCCACAUGGUUACCCGCUCUGCAAAUGAGCGCGGCCACCGCUUGCCACUGGGCCUAUGCGAAUUGUCCUAUGCACCCUUUGUGUACUGUUAUGUUGAUUUAUUGUUCUGUAUGUUCCCCCAAAAAUAUAAAACGUGACAGCAUAUAAAAUCCACCUGUUGUACGAAACAUACACAAGUGAUACGAUGCCAAUUUUGGCUUCUGCGUAAGCCUCAAAGAUUGUAUGACAAUUAUGUUAUUGCACUAUGUCACAACCUAAAUAAAGAAUAAAAAAAUAAAUAAAAAAAAGACAGAAUAUGUUUACAUUCCCUGAUAAACGCGGCCCAGUUACACGUCUCAUUUACGUGGUUUUUUGGGGGUUUUUUUUUUUGUCUUUCAGGGAACCGGUGAUUUCUGUGCAGCUCCCGACAAGUUUAUAAUGAACAUGACACAGGAUCAAGUCACUGCAGGUACAGACCCCCAGCCCGCAUCGCCCACCAAGGCAUUAUUCUUAAUAAAACCCUAGAUGUGUCGUUUAGGAAAAUAACCCAUUUACUUUAACAGAAAUCCACAUUCCUCUGCGGGAAUUCUCCGUCCAAAAUAUCACAGCUUUAUAAAAAAUAAUGUACAGCACAGCUUAGUUCUCAUUUCAUUUUAAUUGCUGGGUUAUAUAAUGAGAUAAAUAUUUGCAAAGGCUUUUCUAAAGAGGGCCUAUAGAUUCUGUGUUUGUGGAAUAAAAUCACUAGUUUUAGGGGUCUUCCGUUGGCACCGCAUUUCAUUAAAGGGGAACCAUCUGUUCCGUGUUUAUACAUCCCCUAUUUAUUUAACAAAUAUGUUUGUGAGGUCUGAUAAGUAAAAUUAAGUGGGGGAAUCCACACCAUUAUAUUUACCUCUAACCCCACCAAUGUAAUGUGUGCCUUGAAUGUGGUGUCAUAUGCUAAAUAUGUGAUAUGUAUUUAAACUAGAGUAUCACAUUAAAAAAAGCUAUUCACAAGUAUUGAGUGGUUUCAAUAUUUUAUCAGUGUGUGAUGGGUCCUUUUUAAAAUGAAAUAAAAUAAAUCGUAUAUAAUUUCAAUGCGCAGGCUCAAUUCAUCUUCCAGAAUUCAACAUUUUACCCAGUGAAUUAUGAUAUGGAUACUUUGUAACUCUGAAUAUUGCCAAAGUUGAUGAAAUGUGUUUGUCUUGUAGAAGUCGUUCAUUACUAUCUCUACUGCAGCCAGACUCUGAGGAACCCAUUCCAACAGGUACAGUGUAUGAAAUGACAAUGUGACAAUAUGUAACCUCUUCCCAAUGUCUUCAGAAAGAUCAGACCGGGAGCUGUUCUGACAACGACUGAGGUUGCCUCAAAGCAUUUUUCUGUACAGUCAAGAAACAAAUAUCUGCAUGAGCAAACUGCACUUUUAUAUUCUAAUGCCGGUGUGGUUAUGUAAAAUUCCUUUCAGAAUUAGUUUAGAUCUCUGAUCACAGAAACCUCUCACUUGCAUGGCUCUACACAUACGUGUGACUUGCCAGGAGUUUGAAGUUAGUUACAAAUUUUAAGAUUGAAAUAAUGAACAGAAUGAAACCGAAGCUGGACUGAGAAUUGUUAUAAUUUUAUUUAUUUUUUUUCUUAAAAUUUGAAUUCCACAUGUUCAAUUAAAGAGCAUAAUCAAAGCCUGGGUAAUACAUACCCCACAACAUGCGGAUACCCCCAGCAAAGAGUUGUUGACGCUGUAUGACUAUCCCUCAGUUAUGCAGCCCUAAGGCAUAACACCAUAACCCCAGACUUCUCUUUUAUGGCACAGUGGAAUAGGGAACAAACACACUUUACAAAAGAUCAGUGGUUGCGAUCAAUCUUAGCACUAAAGGGUAUAACAUCCUGCUACUCACAUGUGGAAGCACACACAAAAUUGGUUUACAGAUGGAACCUCACACCAGAUAAACUAAAAAAAAAUUCACCCACUAUCCUCAGCACAAUGUUGGAGUUGUGAACAGCACAGAGGUACAAUGAGUCACAUAUGGUGGCACUGUCCGAAUAUACAACCGUUGUGGACAGAGGUCCAGAAAAUAUGUAACUCCCUGGGGGUCCUCAAAGGAAAGAUCACACCUGAUAUAGGUCUGUUUCUACUAUUACCUACAAACACCCCUUUCCCAGAUAGACAGCUAAUGAUAAUUGUAAUCAUGGCAGCACGUAACCUCCUAGCAUAGCAUUGGAAACAAAAAGUAUGUCCACCGUCACAACUAUUGUAUAGUAAAAUACGACAAUACCUUAGGUACGAACAAUUGUCUACGGCUACGCCUAAACAUAGGCAUGCCACACAUAAUAAUUGGCAAAAAUUGAUCAAUUUCGAUCCACCGUCAGCGCCAUAGCCUGAGACUAACAACCCACACAGGUAUUAGAUAGCCAGGUAUAAUGGGAGGGCAGCCCAGAAGACCUCACAAUAACAGAGGGCAGCGCUGGUACAUACAUACACAUAUAUAUUCCAAAAUAGUAAUGGCUGCUCUCUGGUCUUUAAACUUUUAAAGACCGGAGAGCAGCCAUUACUAUUUUGGAAUUGUGUUAUGUGGAGCCCUGGUAUAUGCACCCGGCAGUGAAGUGAUUGAAGCGUGAGUGCAGGGGAUUUUUGCAAUAUAUAUAUAUCUCUCUAUCUCAGCAACACUGGCCAUAGAAAGACCGCCUUCGAACCUAGGGUUGAAUCGACCAACCUCGGGUAGAGGUACAGCUUGCAGACAAUCAUGCAGAUACGCUCUUCAGACAAGAGUCACACCUGCAAUUAGACCGUAAGGGUACCAUAGCCCUUUAGGGUACCGCUCAAGAUAUCACUCAUAGCACAUACACCUGUAAAACUAUGCUAUUGGAUAUUGUACAUGAAUGGAAUGUCACUAAAUGUAAAAUCAGAUCAUGCCGGUUCUGGAAUAAGCUGAUCCCGUGAAUGGACAUGUUGUUUUUUUUUUUUUUUUUACCUUUUACCCUUCUUCCUUUCUGUAUCCCAUUUGUUAUGCAAAAUUCAAUAAAAUUACAAACUGAAAAAAAAAAAAAAAAAAAUUAAUUCCACAAAUCCACACAUUGGUUACAUAGUAUCCUCUCCGAGAUAUGGUCCAUGUUUGUUACAUAGUAUCCUCUCCGAGAUAUGGUCCAUGUUUGUUAUAUAGUAUCCUCUCCAAGAUAUGGUCUGUUCCACCAUAAUGCUGGCAACACAUCAUGAAAGGUGCAAUUCUAUUGAUGUCUUACUAUUGAUCCCCUUAUUUUAGACUUUAUGUGGAUACAAAAACCAUUCCACACAAUAUUUUUUAAUGCUGUUUUACAGGUCAGCCCUGUUUUAACGAAUAUACUUUACUUUCUUCUUAGGCUCUCACAAGUUUCCAAAGAUCACUUUCUACAAUGCAAAUUCAGAUUCAAGGUUUACUCCAAUUUGCAGUACCCAUAUUUCCCACCGCACAGGUAUGAUCUGAUGGAAAAUUUAAUAGAAACGUAUGUGUUUAUCUUAAAAACCCUUCAAAAUAAAUGUCUCUGUUGACGGAACCAAAUUGGCAUUAAUGAUAUGAUCUGGAGAUAUUUGGCGAGACGUGCUGUUCGUUUUAUACUCGAUCGCUCAGUCAUUUGGGGCAGGGCUCCAAAUUUCAAGUCCUAAGUUACUAGAAAGUCCUAAAAGUUACUCACUACUCAGAGUUUGGAGAGCCCAUGGCACACUCACCGAGGGAGAAUCUCUUCACACUAGUACAACAUUUACACUCUCUAAUGUCUAAUGGACGAGUGGAAAUUUUGGUCCCUGAUUUAGAGCAACAUUUGGCCUGCAGGCAAAGGCACGUUAAUGGCUUUGACCACUUUAUCAUAAAUAGAUCUAUUGAAAUCUGAGGUUUUUAUAGAUCUUAGAUCUUCAGAGUAAAAUGUAUUGAUAGAAUUAUCAAGGAGAUAAUUUAAUGACUACAAAAUAUUUCUACUAUUGUGAUGGUUUUCACUGGUGUCACAGACACUUCUGAAAUACAUUUUUUCGUAAAGGCUAUUUGAGCAUCGUGGGAAACGUAUUUGUAGAAUGAUCAGUGGUGCCAAGUUUAGCCACCAGUUGUCCAUCACCUUCCUGAAUGGACUUUCCAUGUGUAACCUGUCUGAGCUGUACUGUGUGUCCCGCCAUAUCCAUGUGAUUAACAGUGUCCUAUUUCUGUGAAUCACAGAAAGAUCUCCUAGGAAUACAGCUUCUUCUAAACACAUCAGAGUCCAACCUCCACCAAAUCACUGCGUUGCUGGACUGCAGAGGACUUCAUAAGGUAGCCAAUCACACAGCAGAACCGUUUAAAUGUGCGAUAUUACCCAGCUGGAUGAGGCUGUUUGCCCAUGUCGCUGUUCUAAAUCAUAACGUUGUUACUCAUGGUAAUUCCAUCUGUCACAGGAUUACCUGGAGGCCCUGAUAGGUGUCUGCUAUGAUGGCGUGGAAGGACUCCUUUACCUGGCACUGUUCUCUCUCAUGGCAGCGUUGGCGUUUACCGCCAUGGUGUGUGCAGUUCCCCGAGCGUGGAAGCUACUGGCAGCCAGGUGACCCAUGUACUUACUUAUUUCAGAUUGCAUUGAUGUGAUUGGCCAGGAGAGGGCAGCAAAUGUUCUCUAUAAGUUCCAUAACAAAUACUUUGUGUUUCAACACCCUGUGCUAUGUGAAGUCAGUAGGCAUUCAACGGCAAAUAAGGAAUCAGCUAAGUUUUUUCAUGGUUUCUGGACUUAAACCAUAUGAAUACAUGAAUAGGACCCUUUCAUUGCCAGAUCAGCAGCUCCAGUGACAUAUUAAUAUUGUAUAACAUUGAUUUUAUAUUUUACUGUGGCAAAAAGCAACAGCGUUUAGUACUAUUGUGGCCCCCAACAACCAACACUCCCAUAAUGUUUUGCCAGCCGUGAGGUUAUCUUUUCACCCAUGCUGGUUUGGUUUGUAUGUAACUUUGUCUGUAUGACUCUCAGGGAUCGAGAAUAUAAUGACAUUGAUGAAGAAGACCCUUUUAAUCCACAAGCUCAACGCAUUGCAGUGCACAACCCCAACCGUGCUCAACUCAGGAGCUUCUGCAGCUACAGCAGUAGCCUGGGCAGCCAAGCCAGUCUCCAUCCGCCCACCCAGGCCGUCUCAAACGCACCCGUCGCGGAAUACAUGUGAGUGCAGCUACUUGACUCUACAUUGACUUUACAUUCAGGCAGACUUGCAAAUUGCUAGUGACUGCUUUACCAUGGCAAGAAAGAGAGUGGAGCUUAGCGUUAAACCCCAGCCCCUGCAGAGCCCUAUCACAUUUAUAUACCAUCACUUACAUCAUUUAAAUGUUAUUGAGGGCCAGUGGGGGAGUUUGUGUUUAAUCUCUCUGACACUUAAAUAACCGCAUUAACCGGGCAGUGGACUAAGCCCAGAGAACAUUAUAGCCGGUCAGGGUUAACAAUAUUUUAAGGACUUUUGGUUUUUCAAGGACACUGAAUCAAGUGCUGUAAGCCCAUUGGGAAAAUGAAUUUCCAAAAUAUAAUGACUUCACGGUGAGAUAUUAUAGCUGUGUGUGCCAGAAUUCUAUAUAUAGUGAUAUCACAGUGAGAUUAUAGCUGUGUGCGCCAGAAUUCUAUAUAUAGUGAUAUCAUUGUGAGUUUAUAACUGUGUGCCAGAAUUCUAUAUAUAGUAAUAUCACUGUGAGUUUAUAGCUGUGUGUGCCAGAAUUCUAGAUAUAGUGAUAUCACAGUGAAUUUAUAGCUGUGUGCCAGAAUUCUACAUAUAGUGAUAUCACAGUGAGUUUAUAACUGUGUGCGCCAGGAUUCUAUAUAUAGUGAUAUCACAGUAAGUUUAUAGCUGUGUGUGCCAGAAUUCUAUAUAUAGUGAUAUCACAGUGAGAUUAUAGCUGUGUGCCAGAAUUCUAUAUAAAGUGAUAUCACAGUGAGUUUAUAGCUGUGUGUGCCAGAAUUCUAUAUAAAGUGAUAUCACAGUGAGUUUAUAGCUGUGUGCCAGAAUUCUAUAUACAGUGAUAUCACAGUGAGUUUAUAGCUGUGUGUGCCAGAAUUCUAUAUAUAGUGAUAUCACAGUGAGUUUAUAGCUGUGUGUGCCAGAAUUCUAUAUAUAGUGAUAUCAUAGUGAGUUUAUAGCUGUGUGUGCCAGAAUUCUAUAUAAAGUGAUAUCACAGUGAGUUUAUAGCUGUGUGUGCCAGAAUUCUAUAUAUAGUGAUAUCACAGUGAGAUUAUAGCUGUGUGCCAGAAUUCUAUAUAUAGUAAUAUCACUGUGAGUUUAUAGCUUUGUAUGCCAGAAUUCUAUAUAUAGUGAUAUCACAGUGAGAUUAUAGCUGUAUGCCAGAAUUCUAUAUAAAGUGAUAUCACAGUGAGUUUAUAGCUGUGUGUGCCAAAAUUCUAUAUAAAGUGAUAUCACAGUGAGUUUAUAGCUGUGUGUGCCAGAAUUAUAUAUAAAGUGAUAUCAUAGUGAGUUUAUAGCUGUGUGUGCCAGAAUUCUAUAUAAAGUGAUAUCACAGUGAGAUUAUAGCUGUGUGUGCCAGAAUUCUAUAUAUAGUGAUAUCACAGUAAGUUUAUAGCUGUGUGUGCCAGAAUUCUAUAUAUAGUGAUAUCACAGUGAGAUUAUAGCUGUGUGCCAGAAUUCUAUAUAUAGUGAUAUCACAGUGAGUAUAUAGGUGUGUGUGCCAGAAUUCUAUAUAUAGAGAUAUCACAGUGAGUUUAUAGCUGUGUGCCAGAAUUCUAUAUAUAGUGAUAUCACAGUGAGUUCAUAGGUGUGUGUGCCAGAAUUCUAUAUAUAGUGAUAUCACAGUGAGUUUAUAGCUGUGGGUGCCAGAAUUCUAUAUAUAGUGAUAUCACAGUGAGUUUAUAGCUGUGGGUGCCAGAAUUCUAUAUAGAGUGAUAUCACAGUGAGUUUAUAGCUGUGUGCCAGAAUUCUAUAUAUAGUGAUAUCAUAGUGAGUUUAUAGCUGUGUGUGCCAGAAUUCUAUAUAAAGUGAUAUCACAGUGAGUUCAUAGCUGUGUGUGCCAGAAUUCUAUAUAAAGUGAUAUCACAGUGAGUUUAUAGCUGUGUGCCAGAAUUCUAUAUACAGUGAUAUCACAGUGAGUUUAUAGCUGUGUGUGCCAGAAUUCUAUAUAUAGUGAUAUCACAGUGAGAUUAUAGCUGUGUGUGCCAGAAUUCUAUAUAUAGUGAUAUCACAGUGAGAUUAUAGCUGUGUGCCAGAAUUCUAGAUAUAGUAAUAUCACUGUGAGUUUAUAGCUGUGUAUGCCAGAAUUCUAUAUAUAGUGAUAUCACAGUGAGAUUAUAGCUGUGUGCCAGAAUUCUAUAUAAAGUGAUAUCACAGUGAGUUUAUAGCUGUGUGUGCCAAAAUUCUAUAUAUAGUGAUAUCAUAGUGAGUUUAUAGCUGUGUGUGCCAGAAUUCUAUAUAAAGUGAUAUCACAGUGAGAUUAUAGCUGUGUGUGCCAGAAUUCUAUAUAUAGUGAUAUCACAGUAAGUUUAUAGCUGUGUGUGCCAGAAUUCUAGAUAUAGUGAUAUCACAGUGAAUUUAUAGCUGUGUGUGCCAGAAUUCUAUAUAAAGUGAUAUCACAGUGAGUUUAUAGCUGUGUGCCAGAAUUCUAUAUACAGUGAUAUCACAGUGAGUUUAUAGCUGUGUGCGCCAGGAUUCUAUAUAUAGUGAUAUCACAGUAAGUUUAUAGCUGUGUGUGCCAGAAUUCUAUAUAUAGUGAUAUCACAGUGAGAUUAUAGCUGUGUGCCAGAAUUCUAUAUAUAGUAAUAUCACUGUGAGUUUAUAGCUUUGUAUGCCAGAAUUCUAUAUAUAGUGAUAUCACAGUGAGAUUAUAGCUGUAUGCCAGAAUUCUAUAUAAAGUGAUAUCACAGUGAGUUUAUAGCUGUGUGUGCCAAAAUUCUAUAUAAAGUGAUAUCACAGUGAGUUUAUAGCUGUGUGUGCCAGAAUUAUAUAUAAAGUGAUAUCAUAGUGAGUUUAUAGCUGUGUGUGCCAGAAUUCUAUAUAAAGUGAUAUCACAGUGAGAUUAUAGCUGUGUGUGCCAGAAUUCUAUAUAUAGUGAUAUCACAGUAAGUUUAUAGCUGUGUGUGCCAGAAUUCUAUAUAUAGUGAUAUCACAGUGAGAUUAUAGCUGUGUGCCAGAAUUCUAUAUAUAGUGAUAUCACAGUGAGUUUAUAGCUGUGUGUGCCAGAAUUCUAUAUAUAGUGAUAUCACAGUGAGUUUAUAGCUGUGUGCCAGAAUUCUAUAUAUAGUGAUAUCACAGUGAGUUUAUAGCUGUGGGUGCCAGAAUUCUAUAUAGAGUGAUAUCACAGUGAGUUUAUAGCUGUGUGCCAGAAUUCUAUAUAUAGUGAUAUCAUAGUGAGUUUAUAGCUGUGUGUGCCAGAAUUCUAUAUAAAGUGAUAUCACAGUGAGUUCAUAGCUGUGUGUGCCAGAAUUCUAUAUAAAGUGAUAUCACAGUGAGUUUAUAGCUGUGUGCCAGAAUUCUAUAUACAGUGAUAUCACAGUGAGUUUAUAGCUGUGUGUGCCAGAAUUCUAUAUAUAGUGAUAUCACAGUGAGAUUAUAGCUGUGUGUGCCAGAAUUCUAUAUAUAGUGAUAUCACAGUGAGAUUAUAGCUGUGUGCCAGAAUUCUAGAUAUAGUAAUAUCACUGUGAGUUUAUAGCUGUGUAUGCCAGAAUUCUAUAUAUAGUGAUAUCACAGUGAGAUUAUAGCUGUGUGCCAGAAUUCUAUAUAAAGUGAUAUCACAGUGAGUUUAUAGCUGUGUGUGCCAAAAUUCUAUAUAUAGUGAUAUCAUAGUGAGUUUAUAGCUGUGUGUGCCAGAAUUCUAUAUAAAGUGAUAUCACAGUGAGAUUAUAGCUGUGUGUGCCAGAAUUCUAUAUAUAGUGAUAUCACAGUAAGUUUAUAGCUGUGUGUGCCAGAAUUCUAGAUAUAGUGAUAUCACAGUGAAUUUAUAGCUGUGUGUGCCAGAAUUCUAUAUAAAGUGAUAUCACAGUGAGUUUAUAGCUGUGUGUGCCAGAAUUCUAUUUAUAGUGAUAUCACAGUGAGUUUAUAGCUGUGUGUGCCAGAAUUCUAUAUAUAGUGAUAUCAUAGUGAGAUUAUAGCUGUGUGCCAGAAUUCUAUAUAUAGUAAUAUCACUGUGAGUUUAUAGCUUUGUAUGCCAGAAUUCUAUAUAUAGUGAUAUCACAGUGAGAUUAUAGCUGUAUGCCAGAAUUCUAUAUAAAGUGAUAUCACAGUGAGUUUAUAGCUGUGUGUGCCAGAAUUCUAUAUAAAGUGAUAUCACAGUGAGUUUAUAGCUGUGUGUGCCAGAAUUCUAUAUAAAGUGAUAUCACAGUGAGAUUAUAGCUGUGUGUGCCAGAAUUCUAUAUAUAGUGAUAUCACAGUAAGUUUAUAGCUGUGUGUGCCAGAAUUCUAGAUAUAGUGAUAUCACAGUGAAUUUAUAGCUGUGUGUGCCAGAAUUCUAUAUAAAGUGAUAUCACAGUGAGUUUAUAGCUGUGUGCCAGAAUUCUAUAUACAGUGAUAUCACAGUGAGUUUAUAGCUGUGUGUGCCAGAAUUCUAUUUAUAGUGAUAUCACAGUGAGUUUAUAGCUGUGUGUGCCAGAAUUCUAUAUAUAGUGAUAUCAUAGUGAGAUUAUAGCUGUGUGCCAGAAUUCUAUAUAUAGUAAUAUCACUGUGAGUUUAUAGCUUUGUAUGCCAGAAUUCUAUAUAUAGUGAUAUCACAGUGAGAUUAUAGCUGUAUGCCAGAAUUCUAUAUAAAGUGAUAUCACAGUGAGUUUAUAGCUGUGUGUGCCAAAAUUCUAUAUAAAGUGAUAUCACAGUGAGUUUAUAGCUGUGUGUGCCAGAAUUCUAUAUAAAGUGAUAUCAUAGUGAGUUUAUAGCUGUGUGUGCCAGAAUUCUAUAUAAAGUGAUAUCACAGUGAGAUUAUAGCUGUGUGUGCCAGAAUUCUAUAUAUAGUGAUAUCACAGUGAGUUUAUAGCUGUGUGCCAGAAUUCUAUAUAUAGUGAUAUCACAGUGAGUUUAUAGCUGUGUGUGCCAGAAUUCUAUAUAUAGUGAUAUCACAGUGAGUUUAUAGCUGUGGGUGCCAGAAUUCUAUAUAUAGUGAUAUCACAGUGAGUUUAUAGCUGUGGGUGCCAGAAUUCUAUAUAGAGUGAUAUCACAGUGAGUUUAUAGCUGUGUGCCAGAAUUCUAUAUAUAGUGAUAUCAUAGUGAGUUUAUAGCUGUGUGUGCCAGAAUUCUAUAUAAAGUGAUAUCACAGUGAGUUCAUAGCUGUGUGUGCCAGAAUUCUAUAUAAAGUGAUAUCACAGUGAGUUUAUAGCUGUGUGCCAGAAUUCUAUAUACAGUGAUAUCACAGUGAGUUUAUAGCUGUGUGUGCCAGAAUUCUAUAUAUAGUGAUAUCACAGUGAGAUUAUAGCUGUGUGUGCCAGAAUUCUAUAUAUAGUGAUAUCACAGUGAGAUUAUAGCUGUGUGCCAGAGUUCUAGAUAUAGUAAUAUCACUGUGAGUUUAUAGCUGUGUAUGCCAGAAUUCUAUAUAUAGUGAUAUCACAGUGAGAUUAUAGCUGUGUGCCAGAAUUCUAUAUAAAGUGAUAUCACAGUGAGUUUAUAGCUGUGUGUGCCAAAAUUCUAUAUAUAGUGAUAUCAUAGUGAGUUUAUAGCUGUGUGUGCCAGAAUUCUAUAUAAAGUGAUAUCACAGUGAGAUUAUAGCUGUGUGUGCCAGAAUUCUAUAUAUAGUGAUAUCACAGUAAGUUUAUAGCUGUGUGUGCCAGAAUUCUAGAUAUAGUGAUAUCACAGUGAAUUUAUAGCUGUGUGUGCCAGAAUUCUAUAUAAAGUGAUAUCACAGUGAGUUUAUAGCUGUGUGCCAGAAUUCUAUAUACAGUGAUAUCACAGUGAGUUUAUAGCUGUGUGUGCCAGAAUUCUAUUUAUAGUGAUAUCACAGUGAGUUUAUAGCUGUGUGUGCCAGAAUUCUAUAUAUAGUGAUAUCAUAGUGAGAUUAUAGCUGUGUGCCAGAAUUCUAUAUAUAGUAAUAUCACUGUGAGUUUAUAGCUUUGUAUGCCAGAAUUCUAUAUAUAGUGAUAUCACAGUGAGAUUAUAGCUGUAUGCCAGAAUUCUAUAUAAAGUGAUAUCACAGUGAGUUUAUAGCUGUGUGUGCCAAAAUUCUAUAUAAAGUGAUAUCACAGUGAGUUUAUAGCUGUGUGUGCCAGAAUUCUAUAUAAAGUGAUAUCAUAGUGAGUUUAUAGCUGUGUGUGCCAGAAUUCUAUAUAAAGUGAUAUCACAGUGAGAUUAUAGCUGUGUGCCAGAAUUCUAUAUAUAGUGAUAUCACAGUGAGUUUAUAGCGGUGUGUGCCAGAAUUCUAUAUAUAGUGAUAUCACAGUGAGUUUAUAGCUGUGUGUGCCAGAAUUCUAUAUAUAGUGAUAUCACAGUGAGUUUAUAGCUGUGGGUGCCAGAAUUCUAUAUAUAGUGAUAUCACAGUGAGUUUAUAGCUGUGGGUGCCAGAAUUCUAUAUAGAGUGAUAUCACAGUGAGUUUAUAGCUGUGUGCCAGAAUUCUAUAUAUAGUGAUAUCAUAGUGAGUUUAUAGCUGUGUGUGCCAGAAUUCUAUAUAAAGUGAUAUCACAGUGAGUUCAUAGCUGUGUGUGCCAGAAUUCUAUAUAAAGUGAUAUCACAGUGAGUUUAUAGCUGUGUGCCAGAAUUCUAUAUACAGUGAUAUCACAGUGAGUUUAUAGCUGUGUGUGCCAGAAUUCUAUAUAUAGUGAUAUCACAGUGAGUUUAUAGCUGUGUGCCAGAAUUCUAUAUAUAGUGAUAUCAUAGUGAGUUUAUAGCUGUGUGUGCCAGAAUUCUAGAUAUAGUGAUAUCACAGUGAAUUUAUAGCUGUGUGUGCCAGAAUUCUAUAUAAAGUGAUAUCACAGUGAGUUUAUAGCUGUGUGCCAAAAUUCUAUAUAUAGUGAUAUCAUAGUGAGUUUAUAGCUGUGUGUGCCAGAAUUCUAUAUAAAGUGAUAUCACAGUGAGAUUAUAGCUGUGUGUGCCAGAAUUCUAUAUAUAGUGAUAUCACAGUAAGUUUAUAGCUGUGUGUGCCAGAAUUCUAUAUAUAGUGAUAUCACAGUGAGAUUAUAGCUGUGUGCCAGAAUUCUAUAUAUAGUGAUAUCACAGUGAGUUUAUAGCGGUGUGUGCCAGAAUUCUAUAUAUAGUGAUAUCACAGUGAGUUUAUAGCUGUGUGUGCCAGAAUUCUAUAUAUAGUGAUAUCACAGUGAGUUUAUAGCUGUGGGUGCCAGAAUUCUAUAUAAAGUGAUAUCACAGUGAGUUCAUAGCUGUGUGUGCCAGAAUUCUAUAUAAAGUGAUAUCACAGUGAGUUUAUAGCUGUGUGCCAAAAUUCUAUAUAUAGUGAUAUCAUAGUGAGUUUAUAGCUGUGUGUGCCAGAAUUCUAUAUAAAGUGAUAUCACAGUGAGAUUAUAGCUGUGUGUGCCAGAAUUCUAUAUAUAGUGAUAUCACAGUGUGUUUAUAGCUGUGUGUGCCAGAAUGCUAUAUAUAGUGAUAUCACAGUGUGUUUAUAGCUGUGGGUGCCAGAAUUCUAUAUAUAGUGAUAUCACAGGGAGUUUAUAGUUGUGUGUGCCAGAAUUCUAUAUAUAGUGAUAUCACAGUGAGUGUAUAGCUGUGUGCGACAGAAUUCUAUAUAUAGUGAUAUCACAGUGAGAUUAUAGCUGUGUGUGACAGAAUUCUAUAUAUAGUGAUAUCCCAGUGAGUUUAUAGCUGUGGGUGCCAGAAUUCUAUAUAUAGUGAUAUCACAGGGAGUUUAUAGUUGUGUGUGCCAGAAUUCUAUAUAUAGUGAUAUCACAGUGAGUGUAUAGCUGUGUGUGCCAGAAUUCUAUAUAUAGUGAUAUCACAGUGAGUUUAUAGCUGUGUGUGCCAGAAUUCUAUAUAUAGUGAUAUCAUAGUGAGUUUAUAGCUGUUUUUGUGCCAUACUAUCUGUGUAUAAUUGCUGUUGUCUUCAGUAAGACCAUAGUCUUUACAUGAAAUUCUGACAGUGCCGUGCCCUCUGUUCCCCCAGUUCUUGAACCAAUUUAUUCUCUAUCAUUACCAUGAGAGAACAUUCCAGUUUAGAGGAUAACUUCAGCAUAUUGAAUGUGGUCUUUUUUGGAGUUGAAUAAAGAUUUUGUAAAACGGAUCUGGACACUAGGUGCGUUUCACAAACAUUCCUUUUUUCUUUUCUCUUAUAGGAAUCAGGCGGCUCUGUUUGGGGGUAACCCUCGAUAUGAAAAUGUUCCUCUGAUUGGCAGAGGUUCCCCUCCACCAACGGUACGAUGGGCCUCAGAAUCCAAAUCAUUUUUGUAACGGAGUGGCACAGAAUUCUUUUAUUUUAAUCAUUUAAAACAAAUAGAAGUAGUUUUUUGGGAAGCAACUAUCUUUUUAAAAGAUUAAAGAAAGGAAUAAUUUUGUACCCUUUGCUGCAAUGAUCUAAACUAUAAUCACGUUAAAACAAAUUGCCAAUGGAAGGUGCUUAUAGUCUGCAAUUCUUGUUAUAGAAAACUCCAUGAACCCAGCCAUAACGUGAGACAUAUUUAAAAUAUAAUAUGAAUUUAUCAAUACUUAUAAAUAAUCUAGUUUGUAAAGAUACAUCAAAUAUUUUAAUGAACAAUUCAUAGAAAUCAUAAUAUUGAUCAGAAUAUCGUUGGUUUGGAAUAAUCAAACUCAUUUCCUCUGAGGUUAAACAUUGUCUAUACAGUAAGUAUAGUCAUCAUUGGCAAACUAAUAUAAAACAUAAAACAUCUAUCCCCACCGCCACACUUACAACUCCCUGCUUGUUUUUUUAACUUAUUACAUUUCUUCCAAAUCACUAUUUAUCAGAUUAUGCACAGGAGCGUAAUAUAUUUUUAACUACCUAUUUAUUUAUUUUUUAUCAUUGCUGAUAUUAACAUUUUUUUUUUAAAUGACCAGCGAGUCGAGGUUUACAUUAACAUAUACUUGUCAUUUAUUUAUUUACAUAUUAUUUUUCUUGUGAUUCUGCCUACAUGUUGUGGAUUUGUUCUGGUUUAUAGCUGGUGGUGUGUAACUGUAGAGAAUACUUUACCUUAUAGGUUUCUCUUCCUGAGAGCUAAUAAGGAGUGUUGAUGAGCACCAGAAAUGAUUUACAGUCUAACUGAGCCGUGCAGUUCCAUCAGGAGAACUUUGGGUGAAGUUUUCCCGGCUUUAAAUCAGCAGUUACUGUAAUACAGGACGUAUUCUGAAAAUAAAUGUAGCCAGAAUGUGCCCUGUUUAUACUGCUAAUGAUAAAAUCAUGCUAUAACCUCUUUUAAGAGCAUAUAACGAUUUGAGCUAUAGACUUACCGAGUGCCAAUGACCCAGGCUUCUCACAGUCUGUUGGACAGAACCGCACCAUUCUCUGUGCAGCCGCAGAGUGGGUGGGCUAUGGGUCAGGGCAGAGACCAUCUUUUUUUUUUUUUUUUUUUUUUACAACUACUUCAAACCUGUUAUACAAAACGAUAAAACCAGGUGAGGGAGCCCAUAGACUCAAACACCAUAAAAACGUCAGUGAGCUGAAGUGGUCAUAGUACUCAAAAUGCCGCAUUAACGGAGCCAGUCGGGGGAUAAACCAAACUGUGAAGGCAGUGCCAUGCCAGAACUUACCCUGUUAGACAGAGACCUGGCAGGGGAUUAUACAUGGUUUGUUGGGCACACUCAAUAAUUCACUUUAAAACCUGAUAGUAAUCCGUUAUUCGGGAAUUGUGGAGAAUUGCUACGGUUACCGCCAAUUUUAUGCCAAACUAUCCUAGUUGGAAAAGGAGCAAUGUUGGAGAAUAUUUGUUUUCAAUCUGUCUAUUUUGUGGAAAAUACACAGUAGCAAAACUCGCGACAAUAAUACAUUUAAGCGAAGUUAAAGCAGAUUCCCCAAGCCAAUACAUCAGCUGUUUCUGGACUGCCACACAUACCAACCUCAGCCAGUCCCCAGUAAGGAGUAAUUAGUAACAUUCUGUUUUGGUAAACCCUCAUUAUUUCUUUGUUUGUGCCUCAUUUUUCGGGAGCUAAAAGGUACACAGUAAGUUUCUUUUGUGUGGUUUUAUGUUUCUGUGUCUGUCUGUAGAAUUCUUGCCCAUUUCUGUCUAUUUGCUGUGUGACAUUAACACUCUGUUUGUACCCUGUUUGUCUCUCAGGACUGAGCAUUUUCUUUCGAGCAUAAAGGGAGCUAGAUUUCCAUUUUCCCAGAUUAGAUUUAAUUAUGGUCUUUCUAAGUGUCCACCGGUAGAGGUCUGGAAACCAUAACUAACUUUGAUCUAGUGUUCCCCUUGUAAUCCUGGUUUACUGCGUUGUUCUUGAUACUGACUUGUGUGGUCAAUUUCUAAAGUGUGAAUUUCAGAAAUUUAUAUAAAUUUAACAUUUUAGGCCAAAAUUUUUCCAACGGACUACAUAGCUUCCUCGAGACAGCUAAAAUUAGCAAGUACCCAGUUCCAUUGUCCAUAAUCUCUAAAUGAUAAUGAUAGGGAAAUUAAAAAAAAAAUUCUAGCCUCAGCUGCAACAUUUGUGUUGAGGAGAAUCAAUUUGAGAUUAGAGGUUUAAUAAAACGUACCCAAUUAAGCAGAUAUCCUAUUACUUAAUUUAUAAAUAAACAUUCUUAAAAAAGCACUCUUCAUCUUUAGUGAUAUAGUGGCAGCAGUGCUGUUCCUGAGAAAUGUCACAGUUUACAUAGUGGCUUCUAUGCCAAUUGGUGGCUGUCAGACUUACUCUUGGGGCUUUGGAUUAAAUAGAUUAAUUGAAUCUAUUUUACAUCCCUUAUCGGUAUACUUUGCAUGCUGUCACCAGGUGCUCUCUAUCCGAAGCAUCUGAUUGGCAGAUUGCGGUGUUGGCCAUGCAUGUGCGUAAGUCCGCAAUGCUUCACUUUGAUUGGACACAGAUCAGCAGACCUCAUGAUCUCACGGGAGGAGGAUCGGGCCUCUGUGAGAGUCUGUACCGACACAGGAUUAUGGGACAGUUUCAUUGUGUUUUAAAGUUGUUGUUUUUUUGUAAUUAACUAAUAUGUUAAAGGAACACACCAACUUAAACACAUUUUUAUUAUUUAUUUUUUGGAAACACUUUUUCAGUUUGUCUGCAAGCCAGAAAGGGUCCAGUUUUAGCCACUGGCUAGCCGGUAAUUAUGGGAAAUUUAGGCCAACAGCAAUUGGCAGCAGACGCUAGGAGACACGUUCAUUCUCACAUUGUGUCCAGGCUGCAGAUUUACACAGUAUUCAGGUGGUAGUGAAGUAUUAUAAUCACUGUGACUGCAUGCGUUUCUCAACUAACAAUUCAACAAAGAGAGCGCUCACCAUUGGUAUUCUGCUGUUCAAAGCCCAAUAUGCGGAACACAGGACAAACCCCGGAAUGCUGUGCGACCGGUUAAAGGUCUUUAAUGAGGAGGCUUCAACAUGAAACACAAACAGGACCAAGAAGCACAAGUUAGACAUGUAAACAGAAUGAAACACUUGGCAAUUAUUACAAGGUCCACAUAUAAAAAAUAUAUAUAUAAUAUACAACCCACUUUAAACAUCUAAGCUAUUCUUCAACUGCAAGUUUAUGGUAGAGAAAUGAACAUUCAAUUCACAGGCACAAGCAAGCUCUGGUGGACAUUCCUGCUGUCAGCAUGCCAACUGCACGCUCCGUCAAAACUUGCGACAUCUGUGGCAUUGUGCUGUGUGAUAAAACUGCACAUUUUAGAGUGGCCAUUUAUUGUGGCCAGCCUAAGGGCAAUAAUCACGCUGUCUAAUCAGCAUCUUGAUAUGCCACACCUGUGAGGUGGAUGGAGUAUCUCCGCAAAGGAGAACUGCUCACUAACACAGAUUUAGAAAGAUUUGUGGACAAUAUUUGAGAGAAAUAGGCCUUUUGUGUAUAUAGAAAAAGUCUUAGAUCUUUGAGUUCAGCUCAUGAACAAUGGGGGCAAAAACAAAGUGUUGUGUUUAUAAUUUUGUUCAGUGUAUAUAGCUUUUUACUAAUAACACAACUUGACCCCAAUGUCACAUAGGCAAGUGUCUCCAUGCCAGGUGCUAAUAGAAAAAAAGUAAAAAUAUCUAAAAGCAAUUCUUCUGGUUUCCCCCGCCCCCUCUUCUCUUUUUUUCGAUUCCAGACCUCUGGCUUUAAUAAAAGGGCCUUUUCUAAUAGGUCAGUGGUCAUUAUAUCCUAAACCAGAAAUAUACAUAAUUAUUGUAAUUAUAUUGUAGAUUUUAUGAUCAAAGAGAUUGGGUUUUCUCCAGGUGAUUAGGCUCAGAUUCUAAAAGCAUUGCUCAGUCUACACAGUCUCAUUAGUAGAAUGCUUUGAUCAUUCGUACAAUAGUCGGCAACCUUGUUACCUGUCUGAUGGCUGUCUGCUUUUAUAAAAGGUCUCUUUAUUGUAAAAUGUGCAUUCGUUCUUUUCCUGAAUAAAGUGGCUUAGAAUCCUCGCAGAUGACGUGCUCUCAUGUAACUGUUGAUUUAAAGUGCACUUCUUUAACUUAUUUAAUAUUUUCCUUUUUAUUCUCCCGUCUAGUACUCGCCAAGUAUGAGAGCCACAUAUCUCUCGGUGAACGAAGAGCCAUCAAGUAUUUAUGGGAACGAGUUUCCAGCCUAAUCCUGGCACCCCCUGUUAUCCUCAGGCCGGACAGGUCGUGUCCCGCAACCAUAACUGCUGUAGUGAACCAAUCAGCAGGAGAUGCAACGGAUGAUUCAUGGGGCGAGCCAUGACAAGUGACAACAUAAAAAAAAAACAUUAGUCAUUCAUUGGGGUUAACCAGCGACUGUGUAACACAGAACGCUGUGAGAGCUACCUGAAAAGUGAUCAUUUGUAUUACUGGAAAUUUUCCUGAAAACGAUGGAGAAUGUCAUGGCGAGGUGACAACUGACCUCUAAUUGUUACAUGGUUAGCGGCACGGACCAUUUGUGGGUUAAUGUAGACCACGAACCAAUUUCCUGCGCGUUUCUUAUUUAAUGGUAUAAACAUGUAAACUUGGCAGAGCGUGUUCUGCUCUCUGUUGCUCAGGAAAGUAAUAUCUUUAAAAUACACCCACAGAACUCUAGAUAUUAUUAUUCCCAUUUUCUGAUCUGUUUAGAUAUAUUUCGGGGUGUUAGCUAAAGUAAGUUAUAUUUUUUACGCAUAGCACCAACUUUUUCUUACCUUAAUACUAUGCAGGAUAUUAGCCACAGCUUAUUCGUACAUAGGGGAAGACUGAUCUGUUUAACUUUAUCACCACCAAGAAGACCAAGCUUUGCCCAUCCAAUGUAAAUACUCUUUAUCUCAUGCCAUCCAACUGCUGUGGGAACCAACCCCUAUUUUUAUUUUUACUUGUUUCACAUCCGCUACGGCGAUUGCAAUGCCCAGGGAUCUGAGACCUAUGAGUCUCACCAGAAGCUUUCGUGGGAGUUAGGAUUCAUAGUUUAUUAAUUUGUAGUCAGCGAACCCUCACGGAGUGCUUCUGGUCAACUUCUCACAUUCACAAAUGUGUGACCAGGACAGCGAAUCAGUACUAAGAGAUACUCAACCCUUCGGCUUUUAUCAGCUUGUUCGCCGGGUAGAAUGGAGUGUGUCUCAUAAGACCCUGCUGGACAAUGGUUUAUGAGAUGAUCAAACAGAUCAGAAUGAGAGGCGUCUGAUUGGUGCAGCCUCUUCCUGGUCUAGGAUGGAUAUGUCUGCUGUUGAUACAUGGCUGUGCAGCCACGCAAAGCAUGUGAAAUGCGACCGUUUUUUUUCUUUUAUCUGUGCAAUGAAUAGAAAAUGGAAAUUACUUCCAGCCUUGAUCAUAACUUGUAGAAUUAACAGAUGAUGGGGGACAUUUACAAAAGUGGUCAGUUUUAGGAAAUGGUGCAAAAAUGUAAGAGGAGAGAAGUCACCAAUGGAAUGAGCCUGCUGAUCCCACUGGGUUCCAUGGUGAUUCCCCACUUUUACUGCUUGAGACCAAUUUUUAGAACCAAUCACUUUGAUAAAUCUCCCCCAAUAAGUCAUGUCUGGACGGUUACUGAAAUAUGCUCACAAUCGGCAUUAUUAGCCUUAAUAAUGUUAACAUUUAGUGUAUUUGUAUGUAUAAUUUGCACAAGGCAGGUGUAUCCAACCUUAGCCCCCAGCUAAUCACUGGACUACAGGUCCCAGAAUUCUAAGCCAGCUGGUUCAGCUGUUAAAAGUCACAUCUCCUACUUGUGGAUUUGUUGGCAGUCCUGUGGCUUUAUGCAGAACUACAACUCCCAUGAGCCUCAGCUGGCAAUUCUGUUGCUGUGAUGGACUGGCUGCACCACAUAUACCAUGACCUACAACUCCUAGUCUACAUAGUCUGACUUAAUCUUGUAGCUAAUUUAUUUCUUCCCUUAAUAAAGUCCUUCAUCCUGAGCUAUGAUAUAACACAUUAAUGAAGUAACUUGCCAACAUCUACCUGGAAAAAAACGAAAUCAGAACUUCUGUUGAAUUGUCUAUAAUGUUUUUUUAUAAUACAUGCUUUAAAAGUGAUUUUGUCACCUAAAUGCUCUGUAUUAGAGAUGCUCAAGUUUUUUCUAUGAGGCUACAGAUGUCUCAAAUAAUCCUGAAAUGAUUUGUGGCUCCUUAAUCAGAUGACCUAUAAGUGAAAAGUUGGCUCCUAUGAUCAGAUAGAGUGAUGCCAACACCUGCCACAUGCCCACACCAGGCUGCCAACACCUGCCACUUGCCCACACUAGGCUGCCAACACCUGCCACUUGCCCACACUAGGCUGCCCACAGAGACAUGCACCCAAAACAAUCCUGCUUUGGAACUCUCUCUAAUCGGGGCAUUUAGACCUGAAAUUUGGAUACUACUAACUAGAGCAGUGCGCGUACUGAGUUAGUAGCUAGUUAUCUUGCUAGUUAUCUAGCAGUGAAGCUCCAAUUAGGUAAUGCUGAUUUUCUUCCAUUCACUCCUGUGUAAACUAAAGUGAAGGGACAGGACAAGAGGACGCCGGGUGUUGACGGCAGGACUAAGGUGUGCAUCUAGUCUAUUGUGAGAUCUGGGCAUCUUCUGCACUCCCACAGCUAACCAUAUGUGGCAGGAUCAACACUGGGCAAUGCUCCUAAAAUGCAAUAAUGCCAAUUCAGUAGUAGUGGUGCCACGUUGACAUUGUGAACAGGGAGGUUUGUAAUAAUGCAUAUUUCAGAACUGUAAUGAAUAAUGUGAAAUUUGAAGAACAUUGUAUAAUGUGAUUAAGUCCCCUUGCAGGUAUGAAAACACACAUUAUAAAAAAAUAUAUAGGAACACCUUAUUCUGCAAUUCCAACUGGAAAUGUAAUUAAUGAGCUGAUCUGCAAUCAUUUUGGGGCCAAGCCUUUUCUGAAGGGGCUUCUUCUCCAUAAUUGCAGGAUUAUAAGAGAGACACAAGCAUGGAGCCUGAUUAAACCAAAAAAAUAAAAACCAGAUGCAUCCAGCUUUAAUGGCACCUUGUCACACCGUUUACAUCCAGAGAUGUAGCACAGGGUGUGACGUUCUACAACCUGGAGGCUGAAAUGCCACGUAACGUAUAGAUCAUGGUUUAAAAUGUUUACCUAGAAAAGCGCAACGGUGUGUAGGCGCUACCCAAAAUUAGAAAUCACACAGGUGUAGUGAGAGAGUAUCCCCCAACACUCAAAAUAAAGUAUACAAUAAAACACAAAUACUACACCAGACAACAGAGGUAGAUGUAUAAAACUGGAACAAUCAAAAAAAAAAAAAAAAAUACAAGGCAUAGUACAGACUGUAUAACAAAAAAGGUUUUAAAAGUUACCCAUCACUGCAAGCCACAGAUGAGGGUAAAUUUCUACUCGUCUGGGAUAAAUUUUCACUCGCCAAUAACUAGUUAUGAGUGGAAAUUUUUAGCACUGGUAUAUAUAUCUGGAUCUAGCCAGGCAACUGUACUUACUGUAUGCGGAUUUUACAUACGAUGUUUUACAUUCUUUAUUACAUUUUGUUGACAUAACUGGGAACAUGUAUUCCCAAAAUCGCAAGUCCUUUACAAAUAUCCUAACGCUGGGUAUUGUGCAAUUUCUUUGACCAUUUUUACAAUUUUGUCUGUUUGACAAAAAAUAGAUUUUAUACUUCUAUGCCUUUGUUUCUGAAUCUGUGUGAAAUUUAGCAAGAUAAGGUGUAACCUCUAUUAAUUAAAAGCAACAGUAAAGGGGUUAGGCUUUCGAUUUGUUUUUGCACAUUUAAUUCUUGUAUAUGCCGAGUACCAUAGAAAUACAGCACUGGAAUAUGGAUUUUUAAUAAACAUUCCUGAUAACAAUGGCGAAGAGGCAUCCUAGAGGCUGGGUUCAAACCAUAUCUUCCACUACAAUGUCCAUAAGCUCGCUCCCAACCAUGACAUGCAUUGAGUGCUCUGCGUGUCUAUAAGUAGGUAGACAAUGUGUGUACUUACCUCUGCACUGGUAAAGGAGUGGGGGGGAGAGGGGUUAUGGCUUUAUAUGUUUUUUCCUGUACAAUUAUGUGAAUUUACAAUAAAUUUUACAUAUAAUAUUUGAAUACA